UGGAUUCUCGACCCUUCAAGUGGACAACAAUGGACAACAAGCUUUGGAUGAUGAGAUUCCAAAUGCAGGUGUCUUGUUAGAUCUGUCUGGGGGCCGAGCAGACCAAAGCAGAACCUACAAUGCGCCGAACGGAAUGACAGUUACAUCCAGCUGUUCGAUUAGGUCACCUCUUUGUCACAACCCAUGUUACAGCUGCCGCGACUACUCAAUAGCAAACCUUUUUGACCAGACAUUUUCCACGAGCAGCUGUGCUGGUUAUUUCUUGUCUGGAUGCCGUUACACGAAGCUGACGGUCGAUUUAAAGAGCUUACUGUUUAUCAACCACAUAAGAUUCUACCCAUACUGCAGCGGAUCUCGACCUAACUUCCGCGUCACUACUAACGAUGGCGUCCGAGACCUGCCAGUUACAAGUAACUACGUUCAAAUGUCUAACGGCUGCAUUCAGGGAUCUUAUGUUGAUAUGCCGGUGAGAAGAAAGGCAACUCAUAUAUAUGUGGAACUAAACCAUCCCACCAGUAACACGUAUGUUGGCCUCUCUGAAUUGGAAGUAUUUAUUGAUGGAAAAGAGGUUUGGGACAGGUACAAGUACAGGAGUUUCGAUGGCGCCAAAACUUGGAUUGAACCGGAAACCGGCGCUGAUGUCUACAGCUUCAAUGAGGUUCAUAUCCGGGGAUCUGCUCAGCUUGCUCUGAUGCCGCUGAAUGGUUUGCAAGGUCCUGCACAUUUUCAUGCAGACAGGUUGUACGGAGACAAGAGUGGUUUCCUGCAUGUAGGAUACAAUCAAAAUUUUUCUGUGGCAGUUACCGAUCCCGACAUUCCAUUUGGUCUACGUGUUUAUGAAAACGGAAGCAUCAUGCUACCGAGGCGAGCCUUUUUGCAAACAGUCAGCUUCAAGUCAUCAGGAAAGAUAUGGGGCGUCCAGGACUUAUUUGUGUUUGAUCACGGAACCUUUUACGGUGAUUCGAACUCCAGUCUUGGAAGAGACACGGUUCCUGGAGAGUAUUCAGUCCAGUCCCUUCACGUGCAGGAUAGAGGGGUGUUUGAGCUGCAUUCAACUGACAAGGAAUUGGCCAGUAGAUUGUCACUCACUAAUUUGACGAUAUUUGGCGGUGGUCACUUCAAAUCAAACAACAAAAUGCACAUUGCAGUGAAACAUCUGGUACGAAUAAACUCCGGAGGAAGAUUGAGUCACAACCACGCUGGGUACAUCACCAAAGAGGGAAGGUCUGGAGACGAGUUCGAAUCAUCUGAAGGUCCUGGCCAAGGGAUUGGUAGCGUUCAUGGUGCGAGUGGUGCUGGCUUUGCUGGAACUGGUGGAAGAGGGACUGGAAUGGGUCUCGUAGGUCAGUUUUACGGAGACUACAGAAGGCCAGACGAUUACGGGAGUGCCGGUGGCUUUGGGUUACAUUACGGUAACUUGUUCUAUGGAGAUUAUCGCUCAAGCUCUGUGGGUCCAUACAAAAAUCUCAUCACUCGUAGUGGUCUGGGAGGACAAGGAGGUGGAGCGAUAAAGAUCGUAACGCGUCACUUGAUUCUUGACGGACACCUGUCAGCGGAUGGAGAAGACGGUCCCCCACCCAGCACAGCAGGAGGGGGCAGUGGAGGUAGUAUUUGGAUUGACUGCGAAGAGCUGGAUGGCUACGGAACAAUCAGUGCUAAUGGAGGGGCAGGCUCGCCAAGCAAAGGAGGGGGGGGUUCAGGAGGACGAAUAGCAAUUUACCAGGUGUUCAUGCUUAAUUUUAACGGCACUCUUUCCGCAAAAGGUGGAAAUAGUGCAGUGGAACCGGGCGCUUCAGGCACUGUAUUUCUUGAGACUCGAAACAACAGCAAGGUGGAAUACAGAGUUCUGAAGAUAAACAACUUCGGCUUGGCAUACCCCUGGGCUGUGGAUAAAUCGCAAGGGAGAUUAAGGAACCUUAUGAAGGGAAUUUACAGUGAGACAAAAUAUGUUGGAGCUGUCACAUGGUUACACGAAGCAGAUAAAUACACCUUCGACGAGUUUCAUCUCCAUGGAAACUCCCACGUGGCUCUGUAUGGAAACGGGUCCCUAGAGAAUGUCACACUGUACGCACACACACUUCGCGGAGAUCGCAGUGGCGUUUUUCACAUUGGUCGCUUUCAGUCCGUAGUGUUUGACUUUGUCGAUUUGUAUUUCCCAAUUAAUACGCUUGUGUACUUCAACGCUACACUGGAGGUGCCUCGAAGGUUGUCGCUUCGUGAGGUUUACAUGGAGAUCAACGGGACCCUAGCCGACUCAGAUGAUUACACCAUUGAUAGAGACGGCAAACUGUUUCUGUGGUCAGGAGGACAAUCACUAGGCGAAAAACAAGGGCACUUUCGGUUUAUAAACAUGUCAAUCAAGUCACUUGGCUUGCUGCACACCACAAAACUUAAGGGUCAUGGUCCAGUUAGUCUGCACACCACACGAUUUGUAGUAAAUGCUGGCGGGCUGGCUAGUGUUGACGACUUUUAUUUGGACUCUGUGAAUGCCACUAUCGAUGUUGCUGGUGACGUGUCAGCAGACUUCAGGGGAUAUGGUGCAGAACAAGGACCAGGAGCUGGUGUUCGGAGGACUCCUUACAACACCGGCGCUGGAGGUGGGAGCCACGGUGGCCGCGGUGGACGGGGGACAGCUGGACUCCAAACGUCUUUUUCCUACGGCUCUAUUUACGAACCUACCCAGUUCGGCAGUGGUGGUGGCAAUGGUCUCCACGGUACGGUUGGUGGGCGAGGAGGUGGUCGUAUUGUCUUUGAAAUAUCAAGAAUGCUUCGACUGGAGGGACGCGUUCAUGCAGACGGAGAGCCAGGAAAUAAGAACUCCGAUCCGAGCGGUGGAGGCGCUGGAGGAAGCAUUGUUAUCCAUGCAUUCAAGUUUGACGGUGAGGGUACUAUUUCGGUAAAUGGAGGAUCAUAUCCGUUCACAUAUGCGCCUUAUGGGGGUGGUGGAGCUGGUGGCCGCAUUGCUGUCUAUUACAAUGGAAGUUACACUUUCAUCGGAUCAUUGCAGAGUUAUGGCGGAACAAGUCAGGCAGAAUGGGGUGGAGCAGGAACAGUGUACAUCCAAAACAACCAGAACACGAGCCAGCCGUACAGCAUUCUUAGAAUUGACAACAGGGCCAUACUCAGUGGCCCAUCAAGGCUUAACGAGAUUGAAGAACUUGAUCUGGCGGGAAACAACUCCAAAGUAUGUGAUACCGACAAUUCCAGGAUGUCGAAUUUGUUCAAGUCAACGUCCAAUAGUUAUUACACUCAGAAUUCCAACCCCGUUGUGACUUACAGCUUUCCGUUACCUCUGUUCUUGGAGAACUUGUUGAUUUAUCCUCAGUGCAAUUCACAUUACUUGACGCGAUUUUAUGUGCGCGAGUACUUCAAUAACAUUGAAGUUAUUGGAUCCAAUGAAUGGAUUAACCCAACAAACUGCCUCCAAGGACAACCGCUCAGAAUGAAUGUAAGACAGGCUGUUGAAAAGGUAGAAAUAAGUCUCCAAAAAACCAGCUGGUACGCUUCACUCAGUCUCGUAAGGUUCUUCGUUCGUGAAAACCCUUCAACCACGCUACAAACGCCACAUUACACUAGCCCCAGUACCUCUUGGAUCGUGAUCGAGGACGAGAAAACUACAGAACAUGAUUUCAGUGAGCUACAAAUUAUGGGCCGAGGAAGUCUGUCCAUAUCCGGGAAUACCUUCAAUAUGAGAGUGGACAAGAUAGUCGGUGACAACUCUGGUAUCCUGACAAUGCGCCCGACGCAGAGCAUUCUCAUGAGGGGCUUAGAGGGACAUCUUCCAUUCUCGCUCCUUUCACAGAAAGGCUCCAGUGUAGCCUUUCCCACCAGUAUGAACUGUCGUGAGGUCGAGGUGACUAUUCGUGGGGUCAUGGGAGAGAUGCAAAAUCUUACCGUUGGACCACAGUGUCGGUUUGUUCUUGAGAACUCUUCAGAAACGGAAUUCAUGUUAGAGCACAUGGUCGUACAGACUGACGGUUACAUGGCGGCUCUUAGAGAAGACAGAGAGGACGUGAAAAUGGUUGGAAAGACUUUUGACAUUAGAGGAGGAGCCAAGAUGGAGGCGAACAGUCUUACAUUGGACUACGUCAACAUCACAAUAGAGCCUUUCGCUGAUCUCUCAAGUAAUGGGCUAGUCGAUGAAGUUCCCGGAUCACGUUAUCAUGGAGAUGGAUGGGGUGGAUCCAGCGGUUCCUCGGGUGCAGGGCAUGGCGGUCAUGGUGGGGUCGGUGGAGGGCAGUCAAAAGUUGGUGUUUCCUAUGGAAAGUAUAAAAGACCCACAACAUUUGGAAGCACAGGCGGAGCUCAAGUAUUUCCUUUCACAGGCGGAUUAGGAGGAGGUCGAUUUAAAAUCAUUGCCCACGAUACACUUGUGGUGGACGGAGUACUGUCUUCCAAAGGGGGAGAUGCUCGAGCAUCUCGCAGUGGCGGCGGAAGUGGUGGCAGCAUUUUAGCAUAUGCAUCAAGAAUCCAUGGCGAUGGAGAAUUUGACGUUUCAGGAGGUGACGGAGACAGUUCGACUGGGUAUCGAGGAGGCGGAGGUGGAGCUGGUAGGAUUUGCUUGUAUUAUCGAGAGAACCACUUCCUUGGUCGUUUUCUGGGUUUUGGAGGCACCAGUUCAAACGAGGCCGGCGGUCCAGGGACAGUAUUUUUAGAGAAUGUCCCUGGAAUGAACGCUACUUAUGGACAUGACCGUAUAGACGAAGCAGCGCACGCGGAAAGAAUACUUCCGGAUGAAAACGUCGUUAACGGAACACAAUGGGUUCGGAAUAGAACAUUGUACGCAAAUGCCAUGGGUCGAAAACCUCGAAGUCCAGACGCUAAUCUAAGUUCAAGCUAUCAUGAUUUCAGCGUUGGUGGCUCAAGUAGGGUGUGGCUGAUUUUGGAUGAUGAAGAUCUGGAAGCGAACGGGACUGAUGUUGAGCUCGAUGAGUUACAGCUUUACGGCGGAGCACAACUCGCCAUUAUCAACCCAGUAAAUACCAAAGCGUUCAUAUCCAUUGUGAUUGGUCAGAUGGAAGGAGACAGAACUGGUAGAAUUCAUCUCGGCUUUAAUCAGACUUUCCUGUCUCUCCAGUCGUACCUUCCCAUGGAUAUGAUCAUCUAUCAAGGUGGACUCACCACUAUGCAGGGCGAACUGCUCGUUGCCGGGGUAACGGUGGAGAUUGAUGGUGUUUUGAGAAGAUGCCAAAACAUCACUGUGGUUGAUGAUGGUGUGAUUCGCAUGAAGGAGAUGUAUGACUUGGAGGGAAAACCCACUGAGACAUUUUAUUUCGAAGCAAUUAAUGUGCGAAAGAAAGGCACCAUGAUGGUAACCAAUCAGGAGCGAGUUCGGGAAUUCCGAGGAACGUCCAUGCAAGUGUUUGGUGGAGGAACGUUUACAGCAGUUAACCUUCAGGUACACGUUGUGAACUUUACUAUCGAUGCGCUAGCAAAAGUUCAUGCAACUUUGGAGGGAGAAAAAUUCGAUUACGAAGGCAAGGGCCCUGGUGCUAAGUAUCCAUCCCCAGGCUUUGCCGGAGGAUCAGGCGGUGGUCAUGGAGGACUUGGCGGACGUUCUACGAGUCAAGUGACAACUGGGGCUGCAUAUGGUUCAAUAAAGGAACCUACAGAAUUUGGUAGCAGUGGUGGCCAGGGAAGCAGUGGAGCUCAUGGAGGACGCGGUGGUGGUAUUGUAUUCCUGAAUAUCAGUGACACCCUGGACAUUGAAGGAACUUUAAGUGUAGACGGUGCCAACAAUGGUGGGUCUGAGGCUGGAGGGGGAAGUGCUGGAAGUAUUCUUAUCAGAACUGUUUUAUUGGAGGGAAGUGGAACUAUUCAGGCAAACGGUGGCAACGGAUACACUGGUUCUUCCAGAGGAGGAGGUGGUGGGUCUGGUGGCAGAAUCGCCCUGUACUACCAGGGAGGGUUCUUCGAUGGUGUCCUUGAGGCCGCUGGCGGGAAGGGCGAUUUAGAAAACGGUGCGGCAGGGACAGUGUACGUGGAAAAGGCGGUGAAUAGAUCGGAAACGCCACAUCGAACUUUGAAAGUCGAUAACAAGGGUCGAUCGCCGCUUAAUGAACGAAUCAAUGAGAUUGAGGAAGUAAAACUGAAUCCAGGAGGGUUGAAAGACAACCAUGCUUACUCAAAUGAGUACACCAGCAUAAGUGGCCUGAAAUUCAAAUCCGAUGGGUCUACAUUGCCCCUCUUUUCCGGGUCGGGCAGAUAUCAUUCACUGUCCCUAAUGUUCGACGGACACCUUAAGAACGCUUACAUCGUGCAGUCGUCCUUCGUCAAUGUGGUCAUCGAGGCUACUUUGCCAAGGCUGAUGUUCAUACAUCAAAUGAGGCUUUAUCCUUAUUGCCAUCGUCACUACCGCGUAAGUUUCACCUUAACGACGGACCAUCCGGUUAUCGGUUGGAUAGACAGAACGAAAGGUUCGCGUUCAUUCGCAGACUGUUUUGAUACUUCGGUUUACAAUGAUGUUAUCAUAGCAGACACUAUCUCGAAGUUCACCGUAACACUGACGAGGCUUGAGUCAUACGUUGCGUUGAGUGAGCUUAAAGUGUUCGUCGGGCGUGAUACGUCGUCCUUCCAAACUAGCACUCUUGAACAAGACAGCUCAAGAACAUGGUUCGUAUUCAACCAUCAAGGAACCACAACGUUUGAAGUUGACGAGUUGGAUGUGCGUGGAAGUGCACACCUAGGUAUUCAGAACGGAGCUGGCAACGUGGAGUUUGUGGUGAAGGAGUAUAAGGGGGAUUUUACAGGAACUGUGCAUGUAGGUGCAGCACAGAAUUGGUACCUGAACGCCAGCAACAAUUCCGCGAUUCCUUUUACCCUCAGAACUUACCAGGGAUCACAAGUUUUUCUUCCAAGGGAAGUCUAUCUCCAAAAAUCUUCAAUUUACGCCGAAUCUGAGCUGGAGGGGCUUCAAAACCUCUUCAUUUCACAAGGAAGUCGCUUUGACGUUACACAAGGAGUGCAGGUAAACUCCCCUUUGAAAGCCACCAUUUUAUUGGAUCGCAUGACCAUUCUAAACGGAGGAACGUUCUACCAAAGGACUGCUGAACCCACAAAAUUAGCAAUAAAUCUGACAGGGGAGCUCAUCAUAAACGCAGGCGCAUCUAUGGAAGUCAGCCAAGUUCAUCUUCAGGCCCAUAAUAUCUUUAUUGACAUUGACGGUGUCCUUACCGCAAGUGGGCGGGGCUAUUCCUCUAUGAAGGGCGAUGAGCCAGGUCGGAAGUCUGACGUUGCAGCCUCCGGAGCUGGUCAUGGAGGUGCUGGUGGAAGUAGUUCGAGUCAAGAGUACGUUGGUAGGGCUUACGGAUCCUUUCAGAUCCCUCUUGAGUUUGGAAGUGGUGGAGGACAGGGAUAUCAGGAUUUGCCCGGUAGCUCUGGUGGCGGGGCUGUUAAACUGAGUGCUUCUCACAUCGUUCAAGUUGACGGGCUUCUUGAUGUAUCAGCUAAGGCGGCUGUCAAUCCAGGCACCGGUGGCGGAAGUGGUGGUAGCGUUCUUAUCCAAGCAACGCUGUUUUUGGGGAAAGGAAAAAUAUUUGCUGACGGCGGUGAGGCUACUAAUUCGUCGCUUGGAGAUGCUGGGGGAGGAGCUGGUGGUCGCAUUUCUGCUCAUUAUGAAAUCACAAGAUUCACGGGCUCUUUCUCAGCCCACGGUGGAGCUAGUAAGAGCGAAGCCGGAGGGCCAGGAACGGUAUACCUCUCUGAAAACUCCACUCACACAACUAUGAUUAUCGACAACAAUGGUUACCGUGCCUCUAAAUUGUAUAUAUCAGACUACAGAGAUCGCUCCAAUGACGGAGGACGCGCCUGGCUCCUUGCUGGCUAUAUGAACGAGUUUACGUUAAAUCUGUUGCAGUUACGAGGUGGCUCUCACUUUGCUGUCUAUCAUCUGAAGCCUUCAUUUACUCUCAACGUGGAAAGACUCGAAGGUGACCUUGGUGGUUUAAUUCACGCGUCAAAGAAAAACAGAGUGUAUAUAAAAAACUCUCCAAGACUGUUCCCUUCAAGUUUCCACAUAUAUAACGAGGGAUUUCUUCAUCUGCCCCGUGACGUCUUGCUCAAGGACUUGUUUUAUCCGAAGAUUUCCUUGGAAGGGCUGAUAAGUGGAAUGGAUAAUUUGACACUUGGUGGUGGAGUGGAAUUUGUGGUCACAUCAAAGGGCCAAACCGAGGGCUAUGGCAAAAAGACAAUCCACUUAAACUCACUGACAAUCAUGAAUGGUGCCAAAGUCACGGCCACUGAUACUGUUUUGGACUCACCAACGGUCACCCUGCUGCUGAAUGAAAGUUUAAGAGUGAUGGCAGGAGGUUUGAUACAAGGCAAGUGGAUAGACAUCAGCGCAGGUGAUAUUGAAGUGGAAGCAUCUGGAGUCAUUACCGCAGAGAAACAAGGCCAUGAUGCAAAAAAUGGACCUGGGUCGCCAUCAGGUUCUGCUGGUGCCAGUCAUGGAGGUCGCGGAGGUCUUGGUUACACAGGGUCAUUCCCAGGCAGCUCAUACGGCUCUCUCUAUCGACCUCUUUCCCAAGGAAGCGGGAGCAUGUUUGCUGUUGGAGGUGGUGUCAUUAAGUUGGCAACCAGCCAAUCGAUUACCAUAGAUGGUUCAGUAGAUGCAAACGGCGAGGAUGGUCAUAACAAGUCUACCGGAGGGGGAAGUGGGGGAAGUAUCUGGAUCCUAUCCAAGGUUUUCAAAGGAAAUGGAGUCAUCAGAGCCUCAGGUGGAAGCGGAUUGUUUUUGGAAAGUGGUGGAGGGGGCGGAGGACGAAUCUCUAUCGCAUUUGACAACCGUACAUUCAGUGGAAAAAUAAAUGUCUUGGGGGAGCAACUUAUUGUUGACAACAACAAUAUAGGUUCGCCUUUAACAGAUGACAUUACAGACGUCUCAAAUGACGGAGGUCGGACCUGGCUAACACCCGAGCCCAACACGAUUGAAAUGUCAUUUGACGAGGUUGACAUUCGAGGCAAAUCAGAACUAGCUGUCCUCACGACUCCAGCUGACUCCCCUUUUCGCUGGAACAUUGGAGGUAUCCGUGGCGAUCGCUCAGGAAUCCUGCAUGUUAGAGCUAAUCAAGAGAUGCAGAUGACAAUAUCUGACAAAGAGGGAAAACAGCCUGAAUUGCUUUGGGGUGUCAAUGUGUAUCCAAGGGGUGACCUCAAGUUGCCCCGUAACCUUUUCGUCGAUGGAAUCAAGAUGAUUGUUGCUGGAAGUUUGAGGGGCGCUCAAAAUGUCAGUGUGGGAAAUAAUGGAAGACUCAUCCUCAGGCAGUUGAUUGCUCCCAACAACCAGAUAUCCAGGAACCUAACAUUUGACGUGAUCGAGAUCCAGGGCGGCGGCAGAAUCGAAAUACAAAGCGAUAAGGACGGCCUUUCAAUAAAGUGCACAGCCUUGUGGAUCCGCAGUGGUGGCGUCCUAAUCGCAGACCGCCUUUCAAUUGUGGCCGAAUCAGUUACAAUUGAGCAGUCAGGAAUAAUUGACCUUAACUAUAAGGCUGUUGUGGCAGGCUCAGGACCAGGAGUUGGGUAUUCACACUAUUCAGGAUCUUCAGGAGCCGGCCAUGGCGGUCGGGGAGGUAGAGGGCAAUCUCAGAAUCGAACCGGUGGUUUUUAUGGAGAUUUCACCAGUCCAAAAUUGUUUGGAAGCUCCGGUGGCGGAGGAAGUGGUGAUGACAUAGCAACUGGUGGAGGUGUUUUCUACUUACACGCUCAACAGAUCGUGCAUGAUGGAGAAAUUACAGUUAAUGGAAAAGACGCUUUAAACAAUUCUGAUUAUGGUGGAGGAAGUGGAGGAAGUGUCUUCAUUGAAGUAGAAUAUUUUGAUGGCUCUGGUGUAAUUGAGGCAAAUGGUGGUGCUGGUGGAAUCAAUGGUGGUGGUGGAGGUAGCGGUGGAAGAAUUGCCGUUUACUAUAAUCAGACAUUCUUCACCGGAAAGAUAUCCGCAUAUGGGGGAGCUUCUACUGUUGAGAAUGGAGCAGCUGGGACUAUUUAUAAGAGAAUCAAAUAUAAUGGUAAGAGUAUCCUAGAGGUUUACAAUGAAGGUAAGAAGCCAUGGAAAAAUGAAAUCGCUGAUUAUUCGGACUUGACAAGUGAUAGUGCAAGAACAUGGCUGACUAUGAGCCACAUUAUUGAUUCAUCGGUGCCAGUUACUGUACCAGAUGUAAAUCUUGGGACCACUGUAUACAAGGGCCUCACAAUAACCGAAGUCAAGCUAGGUGGAUCAGCACAUCUUGCAAUCGAACCUGACGUCACCAAGAUUCGCCUUCACACGUUUGAACGGUUUUAUGGAAUGUUUGAAGGAAACAGCUUUGGCUUCGUUCACGUUGGACCUAAUCAACUACUUGUAAUGCCAGACACGGACUACUACAUUCCAGUUAAUUUGAAGGUUUACCCGUCAGGCUACAUUAAGUUACCAGAUAGAGUCAUGCUGCAUAAGAACUCACUGUCUCUUGAUGCUGGGUAUCUUAUUGGUGUCGAAGACCUAGCUAUCUCGCAGUGUGCAGUCUCAUUUGGAGCUGGUUCUGGAGCACUAAGCACAGGAUAUCUACAGGCGAUGUUCUUUAAGAUUCAAACACUUACGAUCAUGAGCCAAGGGGUAUUAGAUAUGGUAGCACCAAACUCUGAUUAUUCAUUACGCGUUGACUCUCUAGUCAUCAACUCGGGAGGCGCACUAAAUGGACGAAAGUUAGAUAUUGUUGCAAAGAGCGUAACCGUCGAUGAGUCAGCGAAGAUAAACCUGGACGGCCAAGGAGAGAAAUGUAUAGAACCUGACGUUUAUUAUGCUGGGUCAGGAGGAAGUCAUGCAGGCUACGGAGGGCUUGGAAUUGGGAGCAAGCGACAAGACCCAUUUGAUUCAGUUUUUCUCCCAGUUGCAUUUGGAUCUGCUGGAUAUGCUGGGCGUUCGUCUUUUAGUUGUAUGGGUGGAUCUGGGGGCGGAUCCCUGAAUUUGACGGUCGAUGGGACGCUACAAAUUGAUGGCGAAAUCUCGUCCAGAGGCCAAAAUGCCAAAGACAGCGAAAGUGGUGGAGGUGCAGGUGGCAGCAUUUUGAUCAAAGUCACUACACUUGAAGGUACAGGCAAGUUCCAAGUCCAAGGUGGUGAUGGCGGAGUCACCUCUGGUGGGGGAGGUAGCGGUGGAAUUGUUACACUCUACUACAAGUCAUCGUCGCAUCCGUUUUCUUACAAGGUUCAGGGCGGAGGUGGCAAGAAGAUCGGUGCUUCUGGCUUCCUUUAUUCGAAGAAGGAUCUCCAGCGUAGGCGUCGGCAGAUAUCUGGCUCAGACUCAGUAUUGAUCUUGGAGGGAAGGGACGUUUUGUCUUUUGAAUCUCCGAGUGUACUUGUUUGUGAUCCGAAACUGAUCGACUUUACUUUUGAGGAAGUGAAACUUUUAAAAUCGAGCACCCUGACAAUGAUUUCGUGUUCUCAGGGAAGUCCAAUGACUUUGAUUACCACAACAAUCAAGGGUGACAAAACAGGGUGGUUGGUCGUGAAACCAAAUCAUGAUGUUUAUAUUGGCGUUACAAGCAUAGUUAAGCCAAGCAUGGAACUUGAAUUUAACGCGGAAGUUGAAGAUGGAGGAACACUGUCUGUGCCGGGGAAAUUCUUCAUUUCCGGUGAUACGCAGAUAAACCUUAGCGGCAGUUUAAUUGGUGUGUCAGACGUAAUAGUCAACGAUAAUGGAAAACUUGUGCUCAAAUAUCCUGGACAUACUGGCUUCAGAAUAACUCCUACCCAGGGAAUAUCUGUAGUGCAGAUUUCAACCGUGCGAAUUAAAGACGGUGGAAGCAUUUCAACAACUUCACCAAACAAGGUUAAAAUAAAGUCGGUUGUCUUACAAGUAGACUUUGGCGGGAAUCUUGGAUCUGGCAUUUCUGUGUCUUCAAGUCAACGAAUUGAGUUCACCAAUGGACCCUCUCUCAAUAGGCAAGGCUGCCCACACGGAUACGAAGUUGUUGAAGUAGCUUCAAAGACUUUGUAUAACCCAUGCGGUGUUGGAAAGCACAUUUUUAACAAAAGAAAUGAGUCUUACCUAGUGUUCAAAAACGUCUCAGUGGCCAUAUCACACAAUGAAACCAUUUAUGUAAUUAAGAACGAGACACGCUACAACGUCACCUACUACAUUGCUUGCGACUAUGACGAUUUUAAACUUUUACCUGGCCAAUCAUGCAACUUAGCACCAGGAAGCUAUAGAUACAAUUCUCUGGAAAUACAAGGAAGUGCUACAAUGCAUAUUGAACCAGGAACAGGAAAAGGAAAUGCCAGUACUUUAUCUGUUUCCAAGCUAACCAUUUUCUCUAAAGGUGAACUAAUUGCAAGAGAGUCCAACCUCAUUAAUACCAACUCGACAUCGUCAGACUAUGGUGGCAGCUAUGGAGGUCUCGGAGGAGGUGCUUCUAAAAACAGUGCCCUAUAUGGCAACAUCUCAUUUCCUGUGGAUUAUGGUAGCAAUGGUGGUGGAAGCAGUCAAAAUCGUGGAUUGGGAGGUGGUGUGGUAAUCCUUAAGGUAGGAGAACUUUCCAACGAUGGGCUUAUUGAUGCCAAUGGUGGGGACGGAUCUCUUGGAGCUGGUGGUGGAAGCGGAGGUAGCAUCCAAGUAGUAACAGAUUAUCUGAAAGGAUCUGGUAAAUUCAGAGCUCGUGGUGGAAAUGCGGCCUACCCAGCUGGAGGCGGAGGCGGGGGAAGAAUUGGAAUAACGGUGCUUAAAGGGCGCAGCGAAUUUCGUGGUCUUUACGAUGCCACUGGUGGAGAUGGACGUAGACCAGGCUCAUCUGGAACCGUUUUUGUUAGUGACCAAAGACAAGGAACUUCAUAUGAAACGAUCAUCUUCUGGAACAAGGUUAUUGGCUAUCCUCCAGCUCAAUUACCGAACACAUCAGCUACUUACACCUAUGAUGAGAUCCGUUUAGAAAACCGUGGUACAUUCCUAGCAACAAAUCAGCUAGUAGUCGCAAAGAGCUUUGUUACUGAUGGUACUGGCAAGCUCACAGUUUCAGGUGGCGCCCGAGUAGAUAUUCUGAGUUUUCCAAAGUCCUCGAGAAUAUUUUCAUGUGACCUUGAAGUACAAGCAGGAGGUUCCAUAUACUUCUACAAUAAACCUAUCUUUUUAGGUCCAGGUUCCCCUACCGUGGUAAUUGCUGGUAUUUUGGAUGCAAGAGGGCCUUCUCUUGGCAAAGGCAAGGCUUUAAAUGUAACUUCAUCUGGGGAAAUAAGAGCGGAUAAUCUGAGACUUCUUAAAGACUCUGUGAUGCAAGUGGAUGCUGAUGCCUCAAUCAGGAAGAGCCUCGCGUAUGCACAUUUUCAUCUUACCUCACUGAGACUGGAUACAAAUGCACAACUUACAUUUGCUCAAGGAAAUGUUUCCUUUAGAUCUGAUUCCAUUCAUCUUAGCCAGGGAGCAACAAUCACGUCUGCAGCUGAUACGAAACUUCUUAAUAUCACGGGUAAUGAUAUUUUUAUAGAUAACCAGGCAAGAGUAACUGCUGACAGAGGUGGCGUUUUGGGUGGUCCAGGAAAGGCCAGAGGCUCUGGUAGUGGCUGUGGACAUGGAGGACGAGGUGGAGGAAGUCAGGGAGGAGAGUCAUAUGGAUCUGUAUUCAAACCGGAGCAUUAUGGCAGUGGUGACAAUGUUCGUGGUGGUGGAAUCAUUUUCCUAAACAUAAAAGGAGGAUUUACUCUAUAUGGCAGUAUGAGUGCGAAUGGCGCCAGUGAUUCAAGUGGAGGAGCAAGCGGCGGUAGUAUAUUGGUCCAUGCAGAAACUUUAUCUGGUCACGGAGAGAUUCUAUCAAAUGGCGGUGAGGGACUUAGUAAUUCCGCUGGUGGCUCUGGUGGUCGCAUUGCACUCUACAUUACAGACAAGACGUCUUUCAGGGGUGCUCUCACUGCUUAUGGUGGAUGUGGGACCACUUGUGCUGCAGCCGGAACAAUUUUCGUCCGUGAGUAUGUGGUUGGACUGCCUCAGAACUCUACAAUAAUCGACAAUGGAGAAAGGAAAACAGAAGCCAACACGAUUAUUAUGCACGAAAUGAAAAUCUCCUACACGAUGCGACUGCUUAAAAUCGUUAAUGGGGCCCGGCUUGAGGUAGCAACAUUGCCAAAUGUGGGAAUGAAGAUAGCAAUUCAGAAUCUUGUAGGUGAUGGGAGUGGAAGCUUUCAUGUGCAUUACAAUCAAACGCUAACCCUAGGGGCUGGUAAGGCUGUUUCGUCACGACCGUUCAUGUUUCCUUGGGCAAUGAUAGUGGAUGAGGGAGCAACAUUGAAUCUAGAUCCAGUGCUUUUCAUAACACGAACAGCAAUCACGCCUUCUCUGUACUUAGCUGGAAAACUUACUGGUGGAGAGAAAGUUACUGUUGGACAGGAUGCCUCUGUGGUUAUAGCAAAAAGUGGAAUUAUUGGAACUCACUCCAACACGCCUGGAAAGUACUCGUUGCUCUCGCUUAAAGUCUCAAGUGGAGGACGCAUUACAAUUGAAGUUGAUGAGGGUGGAAAGGCACCUGUUGAACUUAAGUCUCUCUCUGUUGAUGUGGCGUUCGGUGGGGUUAUAACUGGAAGGUACCUUAGAGUUGAUGCAUCACUAUUAAACAUUGCCUUUAGUGGAACUUUGCAAGCAAAUGGAUUGGGUAACCCCGCAGGUGUUGGUCCUGGUGCUGGCAGUUCUUCUUUGUUAACAGGAGGUGGUUAUGGAGGGUGUGGCGGAGGCAGUACCAAUGAAACCUGCGUGGUAUAUGGAUCAUUGUUUGAAGCAACAGAGUUCGGUAGUGGGGGAGGUACAACACAAGUUCCUGAUGGUACCUAUGGUAGUGGUGGUGGUAUCAUCGCGGUAGUGGCUAAGGUCUUAAUUGUUAAUGGUAUCAUUUCUUCAAAUGGCCAGGGUGGAAACAGUAUUACAACAGGCGGUGGUAGUGGUGGAAGCCUGGAAAUUUCUGUUUCGGAAACGUUCAGUGGUCGUGGUAAAAUAGAGGCUGAAGGAGGAUACGUACCCGGUCAAGUGACAGGAGCCGGUGGGGGAGGUCGUAUUUCUAUUCUUAUAACCGGUGACAACAAAUUCAGUGGUUCUUUCAGUGCACGUGGUGGAAAUUCAUCAGCUAAAAGUGGAUCGCCUGGAACGGUUUACACUGAAGAUGGAAAAACAGUUUUACGCUAUAGGAAACUAUUUCUUGACAAUAGGGGCAUUUCUUCAAACUCACCUCUACCAAUUUUUCUAAAUCAAUCAGUUGUGGCUUCGUAUAAUUUUCAAGAAAUCCGCUUGAAUGGCCAGGUCAUGCUACACGUUGAUAAAGAUAUGGAAGUUGGAAAGCUGGUUACAGACCCAGACAGUGUUAUAUAUGUCAAAGAUAAUGUCACUUUCACUGUCGAGCCAAACUCUAGGUAUCUGCAGCCUGAUUGUAGCUUUGUUGUAGACGCUAAUGGCGAAAUUCGUAUUCCAGACGAGGUAAUGUUUCUCGGAAGAAAUAAUGUUUUCAGAGGUACCUUGACAGGUAUAUUGGAUAUGGUUAUUGGAGAGAACAGAAAGGUAUUUCUAUCAGCCUCGGCGCGAACAGCUCGUUUCAUUGAUGGGAAGUACACCUUUAUUACCCACCGUGGAGGGUACAGAUUUUCAUCCCUACGAAUAAAGAAUGGUGCAUUUUUUUCGUUUGAAAAUGCACAAUUAAAGAAAGUCCCCCUCACUCUCGGACGGCUUGAGGUAAACUUUGGUGCUACAAUGCAGGGCAGCUGGCUUGACAUCAAGGCUUCUGACGUUAUCAUACACUCUGGCGCCACUGUUGACCUCUCUGCUCAAGGACACGAAAGUGAUAAGGGACCUGGGGCAGGAGGUCUACAUCAGUCCGAUGGAACUGGCGCUGGGCAAGGUGGUUAUGGUGGAGUGAGUACUGGAAACUUUGGAACGUGGUAUGGUUCUGCACUUAAUCCAAACAAUACCGGAAGUGGUGGCGGGAGCUCCAGUAAUGGUAAAGGAGGAAGAGGAGGUGGUAAUCUUCGCUUAACGGUUGUUAGGGUACUUACACUCGAAGGGAGAAUAUCGGUUAAUGGAGAAAGUGGAACUGUGUUAAAUAGUGGUGGUGGUAGUGGAGGUAGCAUUUGGAUCUCAGCAGACAACAUACGGGGUAAUGGGAUUAUUAACGCAGAAGGUGGUGAUGGUAAGGGUGCCGGAGGUGGAGGUAGUGGUGGACGUGUUGCUCUCUACUUGCAAGAGUUGAUGAGUUUUGAAGGUCUUUUAAAUGCCAAAGGUGGCAGCGGGAAAGACGCUGGUGCAGCUGGAACACUUUACCUACAGGAUAAUAACAAACGCAUCCUACGUAAACGCCUAUGGAUUGAUAACCUGAAAGUUGCCGAUAACAAACCUCAAACAGUGCUUUAUGAGGCAGACAAAGUUAACUUCCUUUUUGACGAGCUUCGGCUCAAUGGAAUGUCUCGCUUUGAAAUAUACAAUCUUCAAAGGAAGCUUCAAACUAUCCAGGUCACAAACUUUAUCUCCGAUGGUGUUGGUGAAAUUGCUAUAAGUAAAAACCAGACUCUUCUCGCAGAAGUCAUUGAGGCAAAAGAGAGUCACUUAACCUUGACAACCAACAUCUACGUCGAGGAAGGUGCUAAUCUUGUUGUGGCUUCGAACUUAACUGUUGAUGGUGCAACACUUACCUUGGAUGGUAAACUAUCAAAUGUUCGACACCUCGUUGUUGAGUCAGGGAGUGCUGUUAAAUUUGGAAUCACAUCACAGACAACGCUUAUGGAGAACAAGAACUUUGUCUUUCAGAGUGACCCCGGAACUCAACAGUUUGCAAGUGUAACGCUAAAGAGUGGCUCUGACUUUGGAGCUCCUCUUAAUCUUAAACUCAGUGUUGGAAAACUGGAUAUGAAGAGUGGGGUGGUUCUCCAAGGAAAAUUUGUUGAUAUAAAAUCCCAGUCGCUCCUUAUUGGUCGUGGGGCAAUUCUAACCACUAACAAUAUCAUAGAUAUUGAGUUAAAUCCUGGUGGCAGAGGACACUCCUCGGGUAGUGGUGGCUCUGGUGGUGGGCAUGGAAGCACUGGCGGAACUGGAUAUAAUUCGUUAGUUGGUGGGAUUCCCUAUGGUACGAUCUAUGAGCCAAAUCAACCAGGAAGUCCAGGCGGUCAUGGCAGUUCUAGUGAAUCAGCUGGAAAAGGUGGUGGAGUAAUAUUAAUUGACACUGAUGUUCUAGAAAAUGACGGAUCCAUAACAGCUAAUGGUGGAGUUGCAUCUCAGAGCAGCCAGGCUGGUGGAGGAAGCGGUGGCAGUGUGUACAUAAUCACUAGCAGCGUUUUCUCUGGCACGGGCACAGUUUCUGCUAAUGGUGGGCGUGGAAAUGGCGCUGGUGGAUGCGGUGCAGGCGGGCGAGUGGCGAUACAUCUUCAAUCUCAGUAUGCAUACCGUGGAACAUUGGAGGCCUUAGGCGGAAUUUCUAGUCGCAGUGGAGCUUCGGGUGGUGCAGGUACAGUUUACAUCAAAGACGUCCGCUACAAAUUAUUUUUUGAACAGCUGCACGUUGAUAACCAAGGGCAAAGUUGGCAGAACUAUGUUACUCUUAAUGAAAGUAAAACAUCCUACCACUUUCACGAGCUUCUCUUGGUACGCAAAGCAUCGUUACGUAUGACUCCGAAUUCAAACUUGAAUCAGUCUUCAACGCUUAGUAUCGGGAAACUCUUUGGAGAUCGAUCAGGUCUUCUACAUCUGUAUAAUGGCCAGAAAGCAAUAAUUGAAGUAGUAGAGGCACAGCUGACAACUACUAAGACCCCUGUAAACUUUAGAAUUGACAGUGGGGCUGAGGCUGUUAUGGCAACAACAGUUUAUAUUGUUGGCGAUGGCGCUGUGGCGUUACAAUGCAGCGGAACGUUAAAUGGCAUUCGUAACUUUUAUGUCACUCAAAAAAGAGUUGUCCUCCUGGAAAAAGGCUCACGAACACACAGGGACGAUGAACAACCCGGAACCUUGAAGUUCUCCAAUGUGAAGUUAUUUAGCGGCAGUUCAGUGACCAUGAAGGAUGAGAUCGUGAUGAAAAUUUUUGCUGGAUUCUUAAACAUAAAGUUCCAUGCAAGCUUGGAGGCUCAUUAUUUCGAAAUUGUCACUUCCAAUCUUGACGUAGAAACUGGGGGACUGCUCAGUGUUGCUGGUGAUAACAAGGCACGUUUGGCUGUUGAGCCCAGUGAAGUAUCCUCGCCUCCACAGGGAGCUGGGGCAGGACAUGCUAGCAACGGAGGAAGUGGCUAUGGUGGGGCUAGUGGAGGCUUAUAUCAUGGAUCUCUUUACAAACCGAAAGAGUCUGGUCGCAGGGGUGGAAGAGGAACAAAUAACCAUAUUGGUGGAAGAGGUGGUGGAUACGUUAACAUUGAGGCGGGCACACUCAUUAUCAAUGAUGGCACCAUCACUGUUGAGGGUGGAAGUGCUGUAAGUGGUGGAGGGGCUGGUGGGGGAAGUGGCGGCAGUCUUCUAUUCAACACAGAGUCAUUCAUUGGUUAUGGAGAAAUGAACACUAAUGGUGGGAAUGGAGGAGGCACCAAUGCCGGAGGCGGUUCCGGAGGAAGGAUUGCAAUUUAUGCCACCGAGAACCUUUACAGAGGGACUUACCUUGCUUUCGGUGGAAGCUCCGUCUCGGGGACUUAUGGAGGACCAGGCACGGUGUUUUUGCAGGAUAUACGCGCAAAGAGGCCCUUUAAGCAGCUACGUAUUGACAACCUAAUGCGUUCCAUUGAAGAUCCCGUCACCAUAGAUGAAGCAAACCUCACUGAUCAUGAUUUCUCACAAGUUCACCUCUUUGGACGUGCAGCCGUUAACAUGGCGGUUAGGCAGGAGAGAACAACUUUGAAAAUGUCGAGACUGUUUGGAGAUCGAACAGGGCUUCUUCAUUCUCGUGCGAACCAAACGUUUUAUCUGGAGGCUUCUGCUACGGAACAUAGUGUGUCAAAGCCUGCUGUCAACUUGAAAAUCGAUGAACAUGCUGAGAUGGUUUUUGGUGCAUCAUUAUACGUUAUUGGAGAUGGAGCCAAAGGAACUGGGCAAAUAACUGGUGACUCUUCUUUCACAAUCGAUGGAAGAAUGAUUGAUGUCACUCAUCUGUUCAUUACCAAGCGUUUGAAGUCAAGAUUCUUAUCCCACGCUCACUCUGCAGAUUACCAGAACGAAACUUUAACUGUGAGUGCUGUAGGCACCUUCGUGUUAGCCACGUUUGAGAUCCAAGAUGGUUCAGAAGUAUUUUUCCCUGAUGUGCAAGGAGUUCAAUGUGAAGUUGGACUCCUUCACAUGAAAUACGGCUCCGUGAUUGUGGCAGAUACAUAUCGCAUUGGGGUUACAUCACUUCUCCUUGAAACCGGAAGUAGAAUAACUGCUUCCGGAAAAGAUCGUCCAAGUAGUUACGACAGUUCUGUUCUUCCCAGUUCCUGUAGAGGUUCAGGUGGAAGUUAUGGAAGCAAAGGUGGAAAAGGCCAAAGUGGCGUCAAUGAACUUCAUUCCCAUGGCAGUAUCUUUACGCCUAGUCACUAUGGCUCAGCAGGAUGUCCAGGAAGUCAGAAUGGUGGAAAAGGUGGAGGACUUAUCAUCAUGGAUAUUGGGGAUGAACUUUACCUUGAUGGUACCAUAGCGAACGAGGGACAAGACGCUGCUCGUGGAUCAGCCGGAGGUGGUGGAAGUGGUGGAAGCAUCUGGAUCAAAUGCGGUAGAUUCAAUGGUCACGGCGUCAUAACUUCAAAUGGUGGUGCAGGUGAUGGUCUUACCUCUGGUGGUGGGUCUGGUGGACGGGUCGCUAUUGAUACUCCAACGGAGAGUAAGUACCUUGGUGAAUACACUGCCAUGGGAGGAAAUUCGGGAGACCCAUCGAAAGAGACAACUCUGUACUCAGGUGGGCCAGGGACGGUGUUCCUGAAAGAUGCGCGAAAUCAGUAUGCGCACACGCAGCUUCGCUUGGACAACAGAGGUAGAACUUGGGAUCAUUACGUCACCCUAAACGAAAGUUUGAAGUCUUACACCUUUGACGAACUUUAUCUUGUGCAAAAGGCCUCUAUUCAUUUAGUCCCAGAUGGCAAACCAUUGAACUUGACUGUGCACAAAGUGGAAGGUGAUCGGACUGGACUUAUUCACGUACACGAGAAUCAAACUUUAAAAGCCGAGUUCGUAGACUCAGUGUACACCAUCACCAGGACUGCUGCAAACUUCAAACUUGACAAGGGGGCCAAUGCUAUUAUGGCAACCUCAGUGCACGUAGUUGGACAGGGUGAAGUGGCGUUUGAAUGGAAUGGCCGUCUUAUAGAUGUGCAGCACUUCCAUGUCGCUUACGGGCGAACCGUUAAGAUUGGGUUUUAUGCUCACACUGCUGGUACUAAAGCAGGAAAGUAUCGUUUUAUUGAUGGUUAUGGCACGUUCCGUUUUUCAACUCUGGAAUUUGGAAGUGGUACUUUAAUACAUUAUCCACCGCCUAUGGGAGUACACUUCAUCGUCAGCCUAUUGGAUAUCAAGUUCAGUUCAUACUUCAAAGCUGAGUUCUUUAAAAUUGAAGCUACUGACGUCUACCUUGAACCGAAUGCUACCCUUAACUGCGCUGGAAGGGGAUUCGAAAAUAAAACUGAUGGAUCAGGAAAGGAUUCUGCUUUAGGCGGCUCUGGUGCGGGGCAUGGAACACCAGGCGGAGAUGGGCAAGAUGUAAAUGGAGGAGAAGAAGUGGGUUCCGUGUAUGAGCCAGUACUUCCCGGUGCUAGAGGUGGGACAAGAACUGGAAGUGCUACCGGCAGCAGGGGAGGGGGACGUGUUCGUGUAGUUGUUGGAUUUGCCUUCCGUUUGGAUGGGAUUAUCAAUGUAGAUGGAGACAAUGCGGCAGCGUAUUCAGGAAGUGGUGCCGGAAGUGGAGGAAGUGUCUGGAUAACCACUGGUUAUCUUCGUGGCCAUGGAGUUAUAUCUGCCCGUGGCGGGGUGGGAAAUACUCACAACCUCGCUACAGGUGGAAGUGGUUCAGGAGGACGAAUUGCAGUUCAUGUCAAAAUCAAGGACGAAUACAGAGGUGGCCUCUACGCGUUAGGUGGUGUAUCUUCUGGGACCCAACAUGGUGGUUCAGGAACUGUGUACAUAGAAGAGAUGCAGGGUGAUAAGUUAUUCAAACGAUUGUAUAUCGACAAUCAGAAUGCAGAUCCACCAAAGGUCUUUACUUUGGACGAGGUGAACCCAAAGACUGUGAAGGCGAAUGCUACUGAAGAAAAUGACGCAGAGUUUGGCUUUGAUGAACUGAUGUUACAAAGAGGCGUUGUGUUCCGGAUUGCAGACUUAAAACUAAGUAAGCGCCCAGCUAUUUCUGUCACAACUGUCCUCGGUGAUGGUUCGUCUACAUUACAUGUUAUGGAGAAUCAGACAUUCUUCAUAGAGUACCAGGAAUAUACCAGACGCAGGUCGUUCCCUCCCGUGAACUUUAAGGUCGAUUACAGCGGGGAAUUAAUGUUAGUGUCAGACUUUCAUGUCGCUGGGAAAAAUAACCCAGCAUUUGAGCUUGAUGGACGAAUUACAGGAGUAUCGAACCUAAGUCUGACAGAGAAUCGAGUUCUACGAGCGGGUGAAAACAUUAGUAGCGCUUUGCUGAAGGACAAAGUUUACAUUGAGACACCGAUUGACGGACAAUUAAAGUUUGGAGUUUUCAUCAUGGAAGCCUCAUCAGAACUGCAUUUUGCUAAGCGCAUGAAAUUUGUUGUCAGCACACUCUACAUGCGGCAGAAGGCUGUCAUUUCGGCAAAUAAAAUUCAUAUGGCUCUGAAUGAAGUCCAUAUGGAAGGAAGCUCUAGAAUCACGACAUCUGGAAAAGGCCCCAAGGCAGGAGAGGGUCUUGGUCCUGGAUCCACCUUCAGUAAUGUGGGAUCUGGUGGAGGUCAUGGUGGGCAGGGGGGCCCAGGAAGUACAGUCGAUGGGGGAUCUGGGUAUGGUUCCUAUGUGUAUCCGGUGCAUCCAGGCAGUGGAGGAGGUGGAAACGGUGGCGGUGCUGGAGGAUGCACGACUGAGAUAACAGUUGGAUAUUCCCUUCAUUUGGAUGGCAUCAUUGAGAGCGAGGGUGCCAAUGGAAGAUCUAACAGCGGAGGCGGCAGUGGAGGCAGUAUUCUAAUCAAAACUGUUCUUUUUUCUGGACAUGGGUUGGUAAUUGCGAAUGGCGGAAGUGGAGACGGAAAUGGAGGUGGUGGGGCAGGUGGCCGUAUUGCAGCACACGUUGCCUGGCUACGAGAAUACGCUGGACAAUAUACAGCUUUCGGUGGAACAGGCUUUAAAGCGGGAGCAGCAGGCACUGUGUAUUACACUGACACCAACCAAGGGCUAAGUCACAGGCCAGUGCUUAUCAACGAAGCAAACCACACGGUAUUUGGCGAGGGAUUCACAAAGCUUACAGUUGACAACUUUAAUCGGAAUCCCGAUAUUCCGACAAUGAUCAUCAACGAAAACAGCUCAUACUACGAAGUCGACGAAUUGGAGAUGAGAAACCAUGGCUUGCUUCACGUACACGGCAGCAACUCAAGUUUUGUCGUCCACAACUUCACUGGGGACCGAACUGGUCUUGUGCACCUUAGGCAAGGUCAGAAGAUGUUUGUUCAAGUUGUAGAGUCCAAGUCAGGCUACAGUGUCGCUCCUGUCAGCUAUAAAAUUGACCAAGGCGCCGAGAUAGUAUUUCCUUCGAGUUUAACACUCUUAGGAACGAGGUGUUCCUUUGACGGACUGGUUAUAGGUGUUCAUCGACUUAUCGUUGCUGAAGGCGCCAAUGUUGUGUUUGCUUCAACAACCCAGACCGGUAUUAAAGAAGACAGAAAAUUCAGAUUCCUAACCACACCAGGCAACAUCACCUUUGCAGAGGUGUACGUACAGAAAGGCUCAAAGUUGGAGUUUUCGCGGAUCAACAACACCUUAGUGUUUACUGCAAUCAUUUUCAGACUGAAAUAUCAUGGAUUAGUCAACAUCAACCAUGGAGAGAUCGACUCCUCUUGGGCUUGGGUUGAAAGUGAAGGUAAACUUGUUUUAGACUUCACCGGACAUCCAGCUGAAAUGGGCUCAGGUAAAGGCAAUACAGUGAACUUGAUUGGAUCUGGUGCAGGCCAUGGCGGUAUAGGUGGAGUUUCUAAGGCAGGGCAGCUCGGUGGGGAGUCAUAUGGCUCUAUAUACAAAGCAGUUCACCUGGGUAGCGGUGGAGGUAAUGGGCAGGGAAAAGGUGGAUUCGGUGGGGGUAUGCUGCAUUGGCGAAUUGGACAGGAGAUCGAACUGGAUGGACUCGUUACUUUACGUGGUGGCGAUGGUUCUGGAACUAGCGCUGGCGGUGGUAGUGGUGGAAGUAUCUUAAUCGAGACAACGAACUUUACUGGCUAUGGAGAAAUUAAUGUUAUGGGAGGAGAUGGCUCUGGUCCAAGUGGGUCCGGGGGUUCAGGUGGUAGAAUAUCGGCGCAUGUACGCUUUCGUCAUAAGUAUGCUGGAGUAUUUAAGGCGUAUGGAGGAGACGGAAAAACUUACGCUGCAGCAGGCACAGUGUACGUUGAAGAAACUGCACGUGGACCACAAUAUGCUGACUUAAAGUACGAAAAGAGCACAAAUAGAACUUAUAUUACAGCAACUCACAGGUACAUGGAAGUUGAUAAUGAAGAUCGCAAAACCGAGGUCUCUUCAAUAAUGAUGGAGAGUGAGCACUUAUUCUACGAAUUAGACGAGUUGUUCCUCACAAGGCAUGCUAAUUUGCAAGUCAGGCAUCCACCAGGGAGUCCUAAUGUCACCGUUAUUGUACACCGUUUUCUUGGAGAUGGUACAGGAAGAUUUCACGUCAGAGUCAACCAAACCAUAUAUGUUGAAGUAGUGGAGUCGGAGACUAAUGAGACUACAGCACCCUGUAGUUACAAGAUUGACCAAGGAGCUGAAGUAGUUUUCCCAGCUAUUGUUAACAUCUAUGGCACUAGAAGCAUUAUCGAAGGACGAAUCACAGGGGUUGAACAUUUGAUAAUUGCAAGUGGAGGGUUUGUUGAGUUCUCGUCCACUGCUCAAACAGCAAGGGUGGAGAAUCGCCGCUAUGUAGAGAUAGACGAAAAUGGAAACUUUUCGUUUGCUACUGUAACUGUUGAAAGGAAUUCAAGAAUAACUUUCAGUCGCAUUCUCAACUACACUCUCAGUUUGCGUUGCUCGGAGUUCAAGAUUAAAUACGAAGGACUGAUGACUAUGAACCAUGGCUAUAUUUACUCUGCAUUUGCUUGGAUAGAGAGCGAAGGUAUUCUGUCUUUGGAUGGUACAGGAUUUGGCCCUGAACAAGGUUUUGGACAUGGAACAACCAAAAAUAAUUUUGGCUCUGGGGCUGGUCACGGCGGGGAGGGCGGAAAAACAGAACAUGGUGAAGGUGGAUCCCCAUACGAUUCUGUCUACACCCCACGGAUGUAUGGCAGUGGUGGAGGUAAUGGCCGAGGGAUAGGUGGCUCUGGUGGGGGAUCUUUGUUCUGGAUCGUAGGUCAAAGACUUCAGAUCAAUGGACUUUUGUCCUCAAGGGGAACUAAUGGAGAAGGAAUCGAUACUGGUGGAGGAAGCGGCGGUAGCAUUUUGAUAACUACUACAAACAUGACUGGCCACGGCGAAAUUGCUGUUCCUGGUGGCUCAGGAACCGGUUCGGGAAGUGCAGGAUCUGGUGGGAGAGUUGGAAUUCACUGCCGGUGGCGAUACAAGUAUGGAGGAAAGUUCACUGAUAAUGGAGGCCAGGAAGGAAAGUAUGGUGGACCAGCCGGAACAAUCUAUAAAGAAGAGAAUUUCAGACCUCUUCAAUAUCGACACCUUAAAUACAUGAAAGAAACGAACACUACCAUGUUAGCAGUUGAUCACACUUACGUACAUAUUGACAAUGAUGGUUAUGAUGUUCCCGGCGCAACUCUCUUGAUGGAAGAAAAUACCACCUACUAUGAAUUCGAUGAAAUGGAGCUAACAGGUUACUCACGCCUUCUGGUCUAUCAUCCUGGAAACGUCACAGUAACAGCUGUUGUACACAAGUUCAUAGGUGACAAGAGUGGACAGUUCCACAUCCGUCGUGAUCAAAGGAUCUUUGUGGAGUAUGUUGAGUCAAAAACAAACAAAACUGAAGCGCCUUGCAGUUAUAGGAUCGAUGUGGGAGGACAGAUUAUUUUACCGUCGGAGUUUUCAAUGCAUGGCACGCGUUCAGUUUUCGAAGGGAUGAUCAUUGGCGUUCGAGAUUUACUUGUGUCCUUUGGUGCUGAAGCUGAUUUCUAUUCAACCUCACAGACAGCAUUGAUAGAGAAUGGCGACUACAUUGCAAUAUCAAAGCCAGGAAAUAUUUCUUUCGCAAUUGUUAUCGUCAAGAAGGGAGGCGACGUCGAGUUCCGAAAGAACACUGGAUUAUUGAGAAUAAAUGUUGACGAACUUAAGAUAAAGUAUCAAGGAAAAGUUAGCAUGAACCACGGAGAGGUGUUUUCAACAUUCGCUUGGUUGGACAGCCAAGGUAAUUUUAAUUUGGACGAGGGAGGAAAUACGGCUGAAAAGGGACACGGUGCCGGAAGUACUCUAAGUUCCAUUGGCCUUGGAGCAGGUCAUGGAGGGAGAGGGGCUCGAUCAGGGGGACAAUCCUAUGGUUCAGUUUAUCGCCCCUUGGUACUAGGUAGCGGAGGUGGAAACGGGGGAGGAACAGGAGGGAUUGGAGGCGGUCAACUUCUUUGGGAAGUUGGAAAAAGAUUAGAACUUAACGGAUUUAUUUCAGCCAGAGGCGGUACAGGUAAUGGCGGCCACGCUGGUGGUGGUAGUGGUGGAAGCAUUCUCAUAAAAACAACAAACAUGACUGGCCAUGGCGAGAUUGCUGUAACCGGUGGAGAUGCUGUAAACCAAGGGGGAGGAGGAUCUGGAGGUCGCGUUGGAAUACACUGUCGUUUUAGUUACACAUUUGGCGGAAAAUUUACUGACAGAGGUGGAUUUGGAACACAAAGUCAGUAUGGUGCCCCUGCAGGAACAGUUUACAAGCAGGAGAAUCUUCGUCCAUUGGAAUACCGAAUACUUAAAUACAGCAAAGAAACUAACACGACUUUCCUGGCUGUAGAUCAUACAUAUCUUCAUGUAGAUAAUGAGGGACAUGAUGUGCCUGAAGCCACCGUCCUUAUGGAGGAAGGAACUACAAAUUAUGAGUUUGAUGAGGUUGAACUCACAGGGUAUUCACGCCUUAUCGUUUAUCAUCCAAACGAGACGGACGUUACAGUGAUAGCACAUAGAUUCAUUGGGGACAAGACUGGAAAGUUUCAUUUGAGGGUUAAUCAAACCAUCUAUGUGGAACUAGUCGAAUCUGAAACAAACAGAACCGAAGCUCCAUGUAGUUAUCGUAUCGACAAGGGUGCUGAGAUCGUCCUGCCAGCAGAGUUUCAUGUUCAUGGAGUUAGGUCUGAGCUGUACGGUUUGAUGACAGGUGUGCACUUUCUUUUCCUUGAAGACGGAGCCACCCUUAAGAUAGCAUCAUCGGCACAAACGGCCCUAACGGAGAACCGCACUUACAUUGAUAUCACCCAACCUGGUAACAGCUCUUUUGCCCACAUCAUAAUAAAACAAGGCGGUUUACUGGACCUGGUGCGUGUGGAAGAUGUCGUUGUGUCAGUCACGUCGUCUGUGUUUGAAGUUCUUCAUAAGGGAACAGUGAAAGUGAACCAUGGCAUAUUUUAUUCCGCCUUUGCUGAUGUGGAAACUAAAGGUGUAGUUGUACUUGAUGGUGCUGGUUACAAGGCAGCGACGGGUCCCGGUGCAGGGUUGAGUGAUUCGUCAAAUUCAGGAUCUGGUGGUGGUUUUGGUGGACAAGGAGGACGAUCUCAUAGUUAUAACAACGGGGGUGGCGCUUACGGAUCUGUGUACAAGCCGCUCUCUUAUGGUAGUGGAGGAGGACAUGGGAAGUGGAGUGGAGGAGGAGCAGGCGGUGGAUCUCUCUGGUGGCAAGUUGGAAAACGUAUUCAUCUGGACGGCCGUCUGUCAUCCAAAGGACAGAGUGGUAGCAAUAGCGGGGGCGGAGGUAGUGGUGGUAGUGUUCUGAUAGAGACCACGAAUAUGACUGGACAUGGAGAAAUUAAUGUCAACGGCGGGGACGCGCAGUCAAAUGCAGGAGGAGGAGCUGGUGGAAGAAUCGGCAUUCAUGUCGACUUCCGGAAUAAUUUUGGUGGUAAAUUCCGGUCCGCUGGGGGUAAUGUUUCUGGCUAUAACGACAACGCAGGCGCAGCUGGUACAGUUUACAAAUACGAGAGUCGCCGUGGUCCACAAUACCGCGACCUCAAGUACAAUCCGGACACGAACUUAACAACCUUCAAACCAGAGCACUCCAAGGUCAAAGUUGACAAUGAAAAUAACAACGUCGCUACGCCGACGGUUAUCAUGGAAAAUCAAACAGUGUUUUAUGAGUUUGAUGAGAUGCAAGUGGAGGGUCAUUCUACAGUAAUCUUCUAUCAUCCAGAGACGGCACGGAAUGUGACGGUCAUAGCACACGAAGUAACUGGAGAUAAAACUGGAAUUAUAAAGCUGGUGUCUCGACAGCGCUUAUUUGUAUUUGUGGUGCAGUCAACUCACACUUACAUGGACGCUCCUUGUGGCUUUCACGUCGAAGACUAUGCUGAAAUUGUCUUUCCUACGGAGGUUAUCCUUCGCGGGGAGAGCUCAACCAUAAGAGGGCGGAUUACUGGAGUAGAGAGGCUUGUAGUUGAGAGAAAUGGCCUAGUAGAAUUUGGAGGAACAGCUCACAGUGCGCAGUUACCCGAGGAAUCACAGUGGCUUGCUGAUAAUCCGUUUGACCCAUUUACUCCAGGACUAAUCAUUGUUCCACAGUUAAUCAUAAGUAAUGCUGGGUUAGCUAAAGUCAAGAUGUCUCCAAUCCGAGUUGUACUUAAUAUCGCCGACACUACUGUUAAAAAAGGUGGUCAACUCAUCCUCUCUACAAACGACGUGACCAUUAAUGCUGACUUCGUCACUGUCGAAAGUGGAGGUCUGAUAGACUCUUCAGGUGCUGGUUAUACAGCUGCGAGUGGUCCUGGUGCUGGGUCCGGAAGUACAGGUGGCAGCCACGCUUCACCCGGUGGGCGAGCUGCCUUAGGAACACAACACGGCUCUGUUUAUUGGCCCGAUGAACCAGGAAGUGGUGGUGGCUACGGUGCCGGUGGUGGACGGUUUUAUAUUAACACCGGAGGAUAUGUGAUAGUUGAGGGAACUAUUCGAGCCAAUGGUGUUGGUUCGUCGUCAAGGUCCUCCGGAGGUGGAAGCGGUGGCGCUAUCAUUGUGAAGAGACCCAGUCACGAAGGAGCUGGUUCAGGGGGCCGUAUUGCUGUGUAUCUCACAGAGCACUUCAUCUUUAGAGGGACCUUGACUGCGCUAGGAGGCAAUAGUGGCACCAAAUAUCAUGGCAGUCCAGGAACAGUUUACAUUGAUGUGGAUGUCGGCGAGGAACCGUAUCGCAUGAUACAGGUUGACAACAAUAACAGGGACAAUUUGUUACCAGUUACACUAGCUGAGGCAAACACAGUUCUCUAUGAGUUUGAGAGAAUCCACUUAGUAAGGAAAGGAGCGCUCGCUUUUAAGGAGGUUUCGGGAAAGCUUGUCAAAAUAGUCAUAAGGAAAGCUACUGGUGACAAGACAGGCAUACUACAGGCAUUACAGAAUACCAGAAUAUACGUUGAGUGCCACAGCGUUCGCACGGAGGCUCCUGUGAACUACGAAGCCCAUUCAGGAGGUCAGAUUGUAUUUCCAAUUCAGACCACUCUUCUUGGUACCAGGGCUCCAGCAUUAACUGUCAACGGUGAGAUCCAUGGCAUAGAGAAACUAAGGUUGUCGUCAAACGUCGGCACCCUGGUUACAGAAAAAGGCUUCUCAGCUUGCUUAGAUUGUCACAGUAACUAUACAACCGAUUACAUUGGCCAUUACUGGUUUAAAAAGCUGCAGGUGGAUUUGGGAGGAACAUUUCAAGUGCAAAGCUCAGUACAAACAAUCUCAUCUCUGGCAGUACGUCUUCACACGGGAGAAAUAGCUCUAGACUACACGGGAUCACUGAAGGCGGACGCUGCCAAAUUGCUAACAGAAUAUUUCAGGCUUGAGUUAGACGCGGUUACGGAUGCCUCAGGCUCUGGUUGGUCAUCCCAAAAGGGGCCUGGAAGUUCUACAGCUUGUUCAGGUGUAGCGGGAGCUGGUCAUGGCGGCCGUGGGGGGACUGGGUACUUCAGUGGAUGUUCAUCUUGUACAGCGGGAGGUGGUAACAAGUAUGAAAGUGUAUCGCAAGCCAUACAAGCAGGUAGUGGAGGUGGAGGUACUUCAGCUAGUGGGGGAGGCGUCGUCUUUGUAAGUGUAGAAAAGCUUUUGGAGCUCGAUGGCUCGAUCAAGUCCGAUGGCGCUAAUGGAGACGGUGGUGGAGGUGGGGCGAGCGGUGGAACUCUUUGGGUCGCUGGAAGACAUUUUGAAGGGCAUGGGCAUCUUACUCUGAAAGGGGGUGCAGGAAGCAGUCGCUCCGCAUGCUGCAGUGGUAAUCCUUGCUCUAGCUACAGAAAAUACAAUGGCGGUGGGGGUGGUGGCGGACACCUUCGUCACUUUUCUCCCGAUUACAUCAGGCGCGAUAUAAUUCGAAAAAGGGAUGUAUCUGGUGGGGCUGCGGGUGGCGGAAGUGCUGGUAACGGAGGAAGCGGACAGAUAAGUGCAGCUGGUAAUGAAUGUAGCGGUCAUGGAACAUUUUCCGCCCAGGAAGGUAAUUGCACGUGUGAUGCUGGUUCUUACGGCGUAAGUUGUCUGUACCAGUGUGACCCGUCAAUCACAUGUUUAGGACACGGACGUUGCUCGGCUUCCGGAGGUUGUGACUGUGAUCCUGGUUAUGUGGGUUAUCGAUGCGAACAUAAGUGUGACGCUAAACGUGACUGUCACGGGAAUGGUCGUUGUAGCGUGACAGGGAAGUGUGUAUGUGAUCCGUGCUAUACUGGAGAUGACUGUAGGUAUGAAUGCUCAGGUAAUGGGACUUGCAUUGGUGGCAAGUGCAAAUGUGAUCCCUGCUAUAUCGGAACUCACUGUCAUUCGCUCUGCUCGGGACAUGGCACAUGUACUAACGGCACUUGUUACUGCGGCAGUGAAUGGAAGGGUGAUUACUGCGAGGUUCCAAAAUGUCCUAACGACUGCUCAGGAAACGGCAUUUGUAACAGCGCUCUUCUGACAUGUUUUUGUAACCCAGGCUGGCGUGGAUUUGACUGCAGCGAGCUUGACUGCCCUGGUGAACCGGAUUGUUAUAAUCGAGGUACCUGCUCAGCGAUUAAUGGUACUGUAAUGUGUGUCAACUGCAGCGUAGGGUGGAUGGGCCCUGCCUGUAAUGAUCCUUGUGUCAAUGGUGUACAAGAGCCAAUGGACAGUGGAUUUUGUAAGUGCGAUCCCUGCUGGGCUGGCAAGGGCUGUGAUUCUCUAUGUAUGGGCCUCGGGACUUGCUCCGAUAAUGAAAUUUGCAACUGUGAUCCUCUCCAAGGCUGGCGAGGUGACGUUUGCCAAAUUCCUGGAUGUCCGGGUGAUGGUAAGGAUUGCACAGGUAAUGGUGACUGUAACAGCGCUACACACGAGUGCACAUGUUACCCUGGAUGGGCUGGUUUGGGAUGCAAUAUUCCCGAUUGUCCAGGGGCGCCAAACUGCAAUAACCGAGGUUACUGUAAUGCGUCUGUUACUCCUCCACAAUGUCAGAACUGCAGUCGAGGCUGGAUGGGACCUGCAUGUGCUGACCCGUGUACGUUUGGAGAGCAGACUCCAAUGGACAGUGGACAGUGUAUUUGUUGGCCUGGAUACACAGGUGUUGGGUGUGAUAGUGAAUGCUCAGAACAUGGUAAGAUUGUUGACAAAAGUUGUGUGUGUGACGUCGGUUGGCGAGGAGACCUCUGUGAUAAUCCAGGCUGUCCUGGUAUUGGCUCAGACUGUACAGGCCACGGAAUAUGUAACACUGUAACACAUGUUUGCACGUGCAACGAAGGUUGGGCUGGUAAAGGCUGUGAAAUUUCCGACUGUCCAGGGACCCCCAAUUGCUUUGAACGAGGAAUUUGCAACGCCUCUGUAAACCCACCCAAGUGCCAAAACUGCUCCAAAGGCUGGAUGGGACCGGCUUGUAACGACCCUUGUGUGCAUGGUCAACAAAUUCCAAUGGACAGUGCCAAUUGUGUGUGUGAGCCUGGUUGGGUUGGAGUGGGAUGUGAUAGCGAAUGCUCAGAGCAUGGAACCAUCGUUGAUAGCAAGUGCCAGUGUGACGUUGGAUGGCGUGGAACAUAUUGCGAAAAUCCUGGAUGUCCCGGUGAGGGAGAAGAUUGUUCCGGUCGUGGGGAAUGUAACAGUGCUCUCCAUACUUGUAUAUGUCAGAAUGGAUGGACUGGUGACGGAUGUCAUAUACCAGACUGUCCUGGAAAUCCAAACUGUGCAAAUAGAGGCUUUUGCAACAUUACUUACAAUCCUCCUAAGUGUACAAAUUGCAUUGCUGGGUGGAUGGGCCCUGCAUGUGAAGACCUUUGCACGAAUGGAACUCAGAUUCCAAUGGAUAGUGGAAACUGUGUUUGUGAUCCGUGUUUCACUGGUCGUGGAUGUAAUGUAGAGUGCACCGGACACGGAACAUGCUUGGAAAAUAAGUGCCAGUGUGAUGAACUUACUGGCUGGCGUGGAUCACUCUGUGAAGUUCCCGGAUGUCCAGGAUCUAAUGGGAAGGACUGCAGUGGAAAUGGAAAAUGCGACAGUGCAAAUCAUAAGUGCAUAUGUGAUCCAGGGUGGACGGGUGUUGGUUGCCAUCUCCCUGACUGUCCUGGCGUUCCGAACUGUUUUGGUCGUGGAAACUGUAACGCAACUGAUCGUGUGACUCCGAAAUGCACGGACUGCAUUCAAGGCUGGAUGGGUCCUGCUUGCAACGACCCCUGUGUCCAUGGUUACCCCAAAGAUGGUAUUUGUGUGUGUGAUCCGUGCUUUACGGGGAGCGGAUGCCAAAGUGAAUGCUCCGGAUUUGGAGAAUGUAUCGACAACAAAUGUGAUUGUGGCCAAGAAGAAGGUACUGCUCAUAUGGGACAAUACUGUGAACUGCCGGGAUGUCCAGGCCAGUGUACCAGUCCCAAUAACGGCUUUUGUAGCAUGGACACUCAAAAAUGUAUUUGCGCUCAAGGUUGGGCUGGGGACGAUUGCAGCACACCUGAUUGUCCAGGGGAACCCAUCUGCACUGGCCAUGGAAGAUGCAGUAAUUCGAACCCACGACGGUGCAACUGCGAGCCAGAUUGGGCCGGUGAGAGGUGUGAAAUUCCUUGUGUUAAUGGAACGAACUAUGGUAACUCGUCAGGUUGCAUUUGCCACCCUUGUUUCUCCGGUUCGGGCUGUAAUAUCGAGUGCUCGCUGAAUGGAAAGUGCAUGAAUGACAAGUGUGUCUGCGAUAAAACCUUGGGAUACAAAGGAGAUGUCUGUGAAAUUGAAAGCUGUCCUGGGUGGCCUUUCGACUGUAGUAACCAUGGUAGCUGUAACAGAGCGACCUUUGAAUGUACAUGUGUUCCAGGCUGGUCAGGUGCUGCAUGCGACAUUCCAGACUGCCCAGGUGAUCCGGACUGUAAUGGACGCGGUACGUGCACCCCACCCAUAACGGACAAUGAAACACCCAAGUGCACCUGCCAGCAGGGAUGGAUGGGUGUUGCUUGUGAGAAACCUUGCAAAUUUGGCACACCAACUGCUGAUCAUAUUUGCGUCUGUGACGAUUGCUACAAUGGGCCUGCCUGUGACAUGCUCUGCUCAAACCACAGCUCAAUUUGUGAAAACAGAGAGUGUGACUGUGGGUUUGAUGGGUGGCGUGGAACUUAUUGCGAGAAGAAAGGAUGUCCCGGUUACAAAAAAGACUGCUCGGGGCAUGGCCAGUGCUUAAGUGCAUCACAAACGUGCAUCUGCGAUCCCGGCUGGAGUGGUAUUGGUUGCGAACAAACUGAUUGUCCUGGCGACCCAGAUUGCAACAAUAGAGGUCAAUGUAUACCGGCUGAGACUCCUUACUGUGGUAACUGUGCGCAAGGCUGGGCAGGCAUAGCUUGCGAGUUACCUUGUGUAAAUGGCACUCAAAACCAAGUAGAUCCUACAGUUUGUGACUGCGAACCCUGUUUUAAUGGAUUAAGCUGCGAUGUGUUUUGUUCUGCUAGAGACAACGCUACGUGUUCCGAAGGCAAAUGCUUUUGUGGUUUCGAAGGCUGGCGUGGAGAUUUCUGUGAAAAGAAGGGAUGUCCAGGUUUGUUUAACAAAGAUUGCUCCGGACGUGGUACAUGUAACAGUGCAACACAGACGUGUGAUUGUAAUCCAGGAUGGGCCGGGCGGGGAUGUCAUGAGCCAGCUUGUCCUGGAACCCCAAUGUGCAGCGAUCAUGGUACGUGUGAAAGCCUUGCAACCAUAUCAUUCUGUUCUUGUGACAAGGGUUGGAUGGGCCGAGCUUGUGAAACCAAAUGUGAACAUGGUGCUCCGCAGCAAACGGGUGAUGGAUCCUUCUUUUGCCAGUGCAAUGACUGCUACAGCGGUAUAUCGUGCGACCUGGAGUGCUCUGGACGUGGAAACUGUACCAAUAACACUUGUGACUGUGGAUUUGAAGGGUGGCGCGGUCCUACGUGUGCCACCAAAGGUUGUCCAGGUUGGGGAUCAGACUGCUCCGGUCAUGGGUCAUGCAUUACUGCCUUAGGUAUAUGUUAUUGUCGACCUGGUUGGUCUGGAAGAGGGUGUCACAUACCUAAGUGUGCAGGUGGUGGAAACUGCAGUGGGCAUGGUGUCUGUGAUGGGAUCAACCACGAUCCCCCAGUAUGUGUCUCUUGCGACUCGGGAUAUAUGGGAGAAGGCUGCGAGCAAAGAUGCAUCAAUGGAACGGUUAUAAAGGGGGAUGGCGAUACUUGUAAGUGCGACAGUUGCCACACUGGGGUCGACUGUGGUGUUGAAUGCAAUGGUCAUGGGAAAUGCGAAAACGAAAAAUGUGUUUGUGAUAGUGGCUGGAGAGGACCUAAGUGUGAAACUGUUGGUUGUCCAGGACAAGGGGCCGAUUGCACCAAUCACGGUGUUUGUUUGCUAGUUACACAACAAUGUGACUGCUUUAAUGGAUGGAAAGGAGAAGGCUGUGAUAUCCCAGAUUGCCACGGUGUUCCCGACUGCAAUGCAUUAGGAACAUGUUAUGGAGGAGUUGAUCCACCAAAAUGCGUGAACUGCACAAACAAUACGAUGGGCCCCUCGUGUGAAUUUCCUUGCAUAAAUGGCAGGGAAAACCCACCAGACAGCGUUAUAUGCGAGUGCGAUCCAUGCUAUAACGGCCUGGCUUGUGACACUGAGUGUUCUGGACGAGGAACUUGUAGAGAAGACGUGAAUCCUAAAAGAUGUGAAUGUGAUUCGGGAUGGAAAGGCCAAACAUGCGAAACAUUAGACUGCCCUGGGGAGCCAGAUUGUAGUGGACGCGGAGCCUGUGUGCAGCAGGGAUCUCCUCCCACGGCGGUAUGCCUUUGCAACCAAGGAUUUGAUGGUGAUGACUGCAGAAAGCUUGUCUGCCCUGGUCAACCCAUGUGCAGUAACAGAGGGACCUGUACAUUGGUGGGUGGAAUUCCAGCCUGUGUCUGUAAUCAUGGCUUUGACGGAAGCUCAUGUGAGCGUUGUCUGCCUCAGUUUACUGGAUCAGAAUGCGAUGAAUGCGUAUCAAAUUACAUUGGAUGGGCAGUUGGCUGCAACGUUUACUGCGUCCAUGGUAACGGAACGGGACAUAACAAGGACAUUUGUACGUGCCAUAAUGAUGCAAAUUUUGGUUAUUGGAAUGGAACAAGCUGUGACCACUGUGUGUUUGGCUGGGGUUUGCCAUCUUGUGCGGUGUGUGAUGAUGCACAUGUAGGAGAAAAUUGCGAUAUUGACUGUUUUUCAGCACAUGCACAAUACCGUGACGAACUAGACGGAGACUGGGGUAAACGUCCUCUGGAACCAAUUGUGAGCUGUUUAUACGAGAACGCCCCUAACGAAGUUUUCGCUUGGUUUGGAUACCACAACAAAAAUCCUCACAAUGUAUACGUGAGUGUUGGAGCGGACAACUUUUUCACCAGACCUUACGUUGAUAUUGUUCCUGGAGGAUUGAAGGGUUUUGUUCUGAAGACCAGUGGUGCAGACAAUACUACUAACAACCUUGUUCCUUUACCAACCCAAGAUUAUGGUCAGCCUAUUAAGUUCGUACCUGGCAGACACGAAAAAGCUUUUAAAGUUAGGCUGGAAGACACCUAUCCGAUUGCCUGGGUUUUAGCGUACCCACUAUCAAACGAGAGAAAUGCAGCGGUAGCAAAUCAAUCUCUUCUCCAUACCAUGAAGUGUACCAACAUUGAGGGACAGGGGAGUGACGUUUCAAGAGAAAACUACACAUGUUCCUGUCUUGAUGGACAUUGGGGCUUUGCAUGCCAGUUUGAUUGUCCUGGCGGACCUCAAGCCCCAUGUCAUAACAAUGGCUUUUGUAAUAAAACGACGGGAUUGUGUUCAUGUGAUCCUAACUGGCGCGGAGACGAAAACUGUACCGCAUGCUCGCCAGAUUGGUAUGGUCUUGAUUGCUCGGUGGUCAAUCAUAAUCUAAAUAAUCACACCGCAGCAGCAUAUGCACAUGGGUACUUUAUAACGAUCGACGGUGCAGGGUACAAAUUCUUGGGAAACGGAGAAUACCAUUUGUUAUUGUCUCAUUUAUGGGAAGUCCAGGUUCGAAUGGUCACAUGCUUUUCUUCGAGUUCUUGUGUCAAUGCCAUUGCUGUGAGGAUUGAACAACACACGGUAUUGAUGCAUUCAAGGUUUAUCGAUCGAAAGGAACCAUUUGUUUUUGUAAAUGGAAAGAAAGUGUAUUCUGUUAGUUUUGAAUUUGGCCCAGCAAGUCAGCGAUUUACUUUCAAACGGACCUCCCGGUUACAAUUUGUGCUUUCAUCCUCCUAUGGUGUCCGGCUCAUCGUUCGUUUAUACGACCGAUAUCUUGAUGUCCAUUUGCGUGCAGACAACCAAACGUAUUGUAAAACAAGCCAGGGACUGUGGGGUAACUGUAACCUCAACUCAUUUGAUGAUCUGUACAGCAGAGAUGGUAAAAUAGUUACAAGACUGAAUGUCUCUCAAUCUUACGUUACUGAAAUUUAUGGAAAGUCUUGGGAAGUGACUGAAGGAGACAGUUUGUUCGUCUACGACAUCAACAACUACCACGAGAAAAGAGAGCUCUAUGGUGGUGGCUACGCGUUACAUUUUAACAACGCGGGUGCCCAUACUGAAGAAAUCUACAGCUUCUCUUUAUCUGACAUCACUAUUGAGUUCAUGGUUCGCACUGAGAGUGAAAACGGAACUCUUCUCUCGUACACCAGCACAGACAUGUUUGCUGUAAUUCUGGAAUCUGGCAAGAUCAAGUUACGCUACGAUGAUAUCAUUUUAGAUACUUUGGCGGUAAUUCAAACGAACCAAUGGAAUCAUAUUGCUUUGGUCUGGUCAUUAUCCACGCGAAUUCUUCAAUUCUAUCACAGGGAUGAUACUGGAAAACGCGUAAACAGUCGGAAUUUUCCAAUUGCCAGUAAUGUGAAUGUCUUUCAACCAGGAGGAAGUCUUGCCUUAGGUUACUGUAUGCCACCACCAGGUGGACUGACACUACCUGUUACAGAGGGAUUCAUCGGCCAAAUUGACGAACUACGAAUUUGGAACCAAAAGCUCGAUCCAUUUUCUAUCUCAGCUAACUGGAGAGGAAACAUUGGCUGCACCAUGCGGGUUCAAAACCUUGCAAGUCUUUGGAAGUUUAAUGAAGGCGAUGGCAUUGUCGCGCAUGACUGUGUAUCAGGCGCACAUAUAUAUUUCAAAUCGGGUAUCUGGCGAGGACCAACGUGGGUCUUCUCAACGGUUGAAAUUCCUCAAUUUUCAGUAGACACUAGUACCGCAUACAGCUUCAGAUUCGGUAAUUCCUGGAUGAGUGCAGAGCAGUUAUGUUACAACCUUAUCUUUGGGUCCAUGUUGAAAUCAGAACUUAUUCUUCUGACUACCUCGACACUAUGGUUUUACCACAUGUCGUGUGUAACAUCAGUUACGAGGAGCAAUGAUGAUAGUCAUUCUUACUGGACCUUAAUGGCUUUGUCAGAUUUUAAUCAAUUGAUCGUAGAACACAGUUCGUGGUUUGCUCAGAGCCUUUGUAAUUCGGUACCUGCUUUCAACUUCCCUGUUUGGUAUGGAAAGGACUGCGACCAUCAAUGUAAAUUUGGCCUUCCAGGUACCAAUGAGCACAAGUGUUUUUGCAUGAAAGGAUUUUUUGGUUUGAACUGCUCAAGCGAAUGCCCAGGUGGCAACAAUAUGCCCUGUAAUCGCCAAUCCUCAUGUGAUGUUUCAAUCGGAACAUGUAACUGUCCAGUUUCAUCAAACACCACGUACGAUUGUAGCGUCUGCAGUCCAGGAUGGAUUGGAUCGGAUUGCUCUGUCUCACUCGGAGGAAAUAGGAGCAGCUCAGAAAACUUUACUUGCCAAGGUUUUGGAGCAACUCAUUACACAACGUUUGAUGGCGUAGGUUACAAUUUUGGGACAUACGGAGAGUUCUACGUUAUAAAAACUAAUCAGUUCACCGCGCAGGUACGACAAAUACCUUGUAUGAAUGCCUCUUUCUGUAUUUCAUCAGUAGGAGUGAAAAUCGGCUCCACAGAGAUCGCCAUUAGAGCUUCGUACAAUGGCACCGGAAUGCCUUUGGUGUGGCUAAAUCGUAAAUUUACGGAUGCGACAUCUGUAAUAAUGGAAAACAACUUCAGUUUUCAUAAAACUUCUCCUGACGUGUAUGAGAUCGUCAGGCCUGGUAAGAUUUUACUGAGAGUGAAAGCAUGGCAGGACUAUCUUUCGUUUGUAAUAACGUCAGCUCCCCAGUGGUGUUUUGUUGGCUCUGGAAUUUGUUCCUCUUGUGACUCAAACGUUGUAAAUGACUUUACAAACAGUACAGGUACCGUGUACUGGGGGAACAGUAUUUCAGAAGGUAUUAUAAUCAAUAACUUACGUUCGCAGUGGCAAGUCCCUGCUUUUGACUCACUGUUUAUAUUUGGAUACACGAACUAUAAAGAGCGACGAGAAAUAACUACCAACGGCUACGCUUUGAGCUUUAAUGGUACAACUGCUUCCACAGGAUCUUUGAACGCUUUUGUCAAAGGCAAAGACUUCACUAUUCAACUGUUCGUAAAAGUGUACUCAUCUGGAGGUACAAUCCUGUCUUACUCAAAUCAAUUUACAUUUGCCCUAGUCAACGAUGUCCGAGUCAAAAUCUUCCUCGGUGGAAUUUCAUAUGAUAUGGGAAUUGCACUACCUUCUGGAACUUGGGUACAAGUGUCUAUUGCGUACAGAGCUUCUACAGGAGUCCUAACUUACUACCAGCUGAACGCUCAAGGUGACCUUUAUUACAAGCAGACAUACAUUGGCGUAGAAAUGUUUUCCUCGGGUGGUACCCUAUGGCUUGGUCACUGGCACAUAUCACACGAACAUAUAACUGGUGUUCCGCUGCAACCUUUCUUUGGAGUCAUUGAUGAAGUUCGUAUCUGGUCUUUUUCACUGGACACUUUGAUUAUUCGCCAGAGUUUCCUUCUUGUUAUUACAGCAAAAGUGCCGUCACUGAGUGCCCUUUGGUUGUUUGAUGAGGGUGUAGGCAGAGUGAUCGCAAAUUUGAUAUCCGGCUCCCCAGAUAUGUACCUUCCAGAAGUCAUCAGUCGUCGUCCAAUGUGGCAGUUCUCCUAUGUCCGUGAAGUGUUUCCAUCCAUGGUUGUGAGUACAUCUGUGCAGUUUAGUAUUACCUUUGAGCUGCUGGCCAAAAAGCGAUGUUUGGAACUUAUUUAUCAUCCCCAUCUACAAGGUCAAUGUGGACAGCUUCUGUCUCGUGCUGUUACCCAGUUUUUCUUUAAGGCCUGUCUUUUUGAUGUCCAGUCCUCCAGUUCCCUGGACGCCUCUCAUAUCUCACUGAUUGCGUAUGCCGACUACUGCAUGACAGUUCUACAUCUUUCUUCGUGGCCUGCUCAACGCCUUUGUGAACAAUUACCUCAAAGUCUUCCUCGACGAUGGAUUGGUCCCGACUGUUCAGUGAAGUGUGUGUUUGGAAGCGCGGACAAAAAUAAUGCCAGUUUAUGUGUGUGCCAUCGAGGAUACUGGGGGGAGGACUGUGCCAAUGAGUGCCCCGGAGGUGGAAAUAAACCUUGCAACGAUCAUGGCAACUGUGACGUCAAGACUGGGUCUUGUGAGUGUGAUUUGAACUGGCGAGGAAAUGGCGAUUGCUCCAACUGUACGCCUGGUUGGACAGGAUCUGAUUGCGGAGUAGCUGUGGCAGUAACCCAGUUGUCGACGUGUUCUGCUUUUCUCGGAGGACAUUUUACAAACUUCGACAGUGCUCACUUUAACUUUUUUGGAGUAGGUGAAUUUUGGUUUGUGCGAAGCAUUCACUUCCAUGGCCAGCUUAGACAAAUUCCAUGCCAUAAUGGAGAAUCUCGUUGUAUCAGUGCGAUAGCGUUUUCAUUCCUAUCAGAAUGGAAGGUGACAGUCCAUGCACCAUACGAAGAGAGCAAACAGCCUGUUGUUUGGGUUAAUGGGAAGGAAGCAGUAUAUAGUUCAACAAGACUUCAAAUUUCCAGCGAAGUAUUCCUAGAGAAGACUUCUUCAACCACCUAUCUUCUGAGCAGUGUACUAAAAGAUCUUAAAUUUCAACUGCGUGUUGUAGGAAGGGGACUCGUAAUUGCUGGUCAUGUAAACCAAUCCUUUUGUAAUGGCACGAACGCUCUGUGUGGAAACUGCGACGGCAAUAGGGAUAACGACUUCAAUGUGACAGUUGGGUCUUCUCUUGAAGAUACUUGGAGAGUUUCUAAAGUAGAAAGCCUCUUUAUUUAUCAAAAGGCUGGUUAUGAAGAAGAACGAGUUGUUACCGGUGCUGAGUACGCUUUAAUGUUCAAUAGUAUUGGCAUCUGUAGCGAUCUGAUGCCUGAUGUCAUAAACGCUUCCUCCAUCACAAUAGAACUUCUCUUCAAAAUGUAUUCUGGCCCAAACGCGGGAGGUGUUCUCUUAACAUACAGCAAAGCGAUAUCACUUACCUUGUUUAUUGAAGGAACCCUUAAGGUACGCAUAGGAAUAGGAAUUUGGGACACCGGACUUUCUCCACAAGUUGACGCUUGGAACCAAGUUACUCUUGUCUACUAUAAUACUACAGGAGCAGUCUACAUUUAUCACAUCAAUUCCGUCGGUAUUGUUCGUCUAGCUACACGAACUAUGAUUGCAGGAAUAUUCAACAGAGGAAGCAUUAUUUCCAUUGGGCAAUGGAUACCAUCUCUGGAAGUCAGCACCAAAGAAAACGAUAGCUUGCCAGGUUUUGUUGGAGUGAUUGAUGAAGUACGCUUCUGGAACCGUGAAUUUAGCCUGCAAGAUGUCACAAAAAGCUGGGGGGUGAACGUCCUUUCCACUGCGCGAUACAUUGUAAUAUUGUGGAAGUUCAAUGAAGGUCAGGGUAGUGUCAUCCACGACUUGGUAAGCAGAGUGCACUUAUACAUUCCAUCCAUUCGAAAGGCUCCACGAUGGGUUUUCAGUUACGCUGACAUCAAAAUUCUACCUGUAGCCCCUGAGAUUACGUUCAGUACGAGCAGGAUGAAAGUUGAAGCAGAGUCCUGGUGCCAUACGCACAUCCAAAACUCACCUCUGGGCAUUGCGUGCGGAGGGCUUGGUGGUGGAACAGUGGCCUUCUACGUUAGAGCAUGUUUACGAGUAAUUGCUUCAAGUAAUCAAGUGUCUCUUGGAAUUAGUGUUGUGGUGGCCUUUGCGGACGCCUGUGAAAUCCAAGCUAACCUUACCAUUUGGCCAGCGAGGCAGAUGUGUACGUAUGAAGCGUUCCGCAACUCAGGGCUCACGAACUGGAUAGGAGUAAAUUGCGAUAUCCCUUGCCCCUAUGGUUACCAGCCCCUUGGACUGUAUGGAAGAUGUCAAUGUGAUCCAGGCUUCUGGGGACAGACCUGUAGUGGUGUAUGCCCCGGUGGACUUGUGAACGUUUGUAAUGGACAUGGAAGUUGUAUACAUAGCAAUGGAAUAUGCAAGUGUUCACAGAGAUGGCAAGGAGCACUUGACUGCAGCCAAUGCACACUAGGUUUCUUUGGAAAAGACUGUUCGGUAGCCGUUGUACCACCGACAAUACAGCAACCAGUAACAUCAGUCUUCGGGACCGGCUACAUUGUGACCUUAGAUGGCAUCAAGAUCAAUGUCAACGUUGCUGGGGAAUUCAGUGUGCUGUCCCUGUUUCGCUAUGGACUCAGCAUCCAGUUUCGUCAGGUACGAAUCGGAAGUUACGUAUGAGUGAGGUGCGUGAUAGUGGUAGUACAACGGAACGUGUUAGCUAUCCACAGCAGCGUCGGAGUUGCUGGCCAAGUUUUGGUGACACUGAAUGGCACACCCAUAAGUCAGAAUAGCUUAGUUUCAUUAGGAGUUUCAGGAUUUAUGUUUCAACGAACUUCGCUCAACACUUACGUAGUGGUUGGUCCAGAAGGCUUCAACUUUGUCAUCAAUUCCCUUGCAAUUCAUUUUGACGUAUCCAUAACCAUGAAUAAAGAUUUGUGCCAGGAAACCUGUGGUCUCCUUGGAAGGUGUCGUAUCCCAGGAUCACGUGCUCCACCGUCAAACUGUACCGCUGGAGGAAUUUUGGAUACCUACGAUGUAUCAAACAUAACUCAAGAACUCUUGAUUUCCUAUGUGAACUCAUGGGCUAUUCCACAAAACGAAAGUUCGUUUGGUCCCAUACUGAACAUUUCGGGUGAACCUCAACUGAAUAGUGUGUCCGGGAGCUGUCUUUACUUCAACGGCACAUCACUAAUCAGCGCACCCCUGCUCAACAUUUUUUCUGGAAAUUAUGUAACAAUCCAGUUCUUUGUCAAAGCCAAGAAUCCACAUGUUUACGCUGGGACUAUUAUCUCAUAUGCACUAAUUGAAACAUUUGCAAUAGCUGUAAACAAAACAAUCUUCAUUUACUUUGGCACCACCGUCAUUGAUACUAAACUUGUACUUGAAACAGGGCUUUGGAAUCACGUAUCUUUCGUCUACAUGCGGCGUUCAGGUCAAGUGCAGUUCUAUCUCGUAAACUCUAUUGGAAUCAUUCAAUCGAGAGUAUUCUUUGUCGGUGUAGGAAUAUUUGCAGAAGGUGGUACCCUGGCCCUUGCUCUUUGGCAGGUGACGAAAGCAUCACUCUCUCUGCCUGGCUUUGUAGGCUGGAUAGACGAGCUGAGCUUUUGGAAUAAGCGAUUUGAUUCAGUUACCAUACAACAAACUUGGAAUUCCAACCUGCAAGCAGAGACGCCAGGAAUUGUACUCUUAUGGAAGUUUAAUGAAGGGAGUGGAUUUAUUUGUCGGGCUACAGUAGGAUCCCUCAACUUUGGCCUUCCAACUCCUCCAUGGAAGAGUCCAGUAUGGUACCCUUCAGAUGCUAUUAAAGUAGGCAAUGUUUUCAUCACGCCAGAUCUCUCCGAAAUAGUGCCAGACAACUCGACGCGAGAACUAUGUUCAGAUGUUUUCCUGAAAGGCCCACUAUUCAAUGAGUGCGCUAAUGUGACUGGAGGGUCCGAAUUUUACUACGAGGCUUGCAUAUCUGAGGUAUCUACAUCAGGAACACCUGAAUCAGCUCUUAUGAUAGCAACUACCUUUGCAGAAGAAUGCCAAGUGGCCUUGAACUUGUCGAGUGUGCCAGGACAAGGACUUUGUAAUAUUAUCCCGGGUGGACGGUAUAAUGACUGGGUUGGGAUAAACUGUUCCACAAAGUGCAUUGUUGGACUGUUCACUGAUGGCAAUUGCAAAUGUGAGAAUGGAUACUGGGGAAUAAAUUGUUCUAUAAAGUGCCCUGGAGGUGCGGAAAACCCCUGUUAUGGACAUGGGAAGUGUGAUAUCAUAAGUGGUGAAUGUAACUGUCAGCCAAAUUGGGAUGAACGCAAAAAUUGUUCUAAGUGCACUCCUGGCUGGAUCGGAAAAACAUGUGCAGUGGCAGUGUCAACAACAGAAACACCAGUGACUACUUAUACGUCUAAAGUCUGUACUAUAUUAGAGAGAGGCUAUGUUACCGGAUUUGAUGGCUCACUCUUUACCUUCACAACAUUAGGAGAGUUCAUAAUGAUCAAUUCUUCCAUUCUUCAAGUGCAAGUUCGACAAGUGCCAUGCGAGAAAAGCAGCGUUUGUUUAAAUGCCAUUGGUGUGACGUUCAAUGACUUAACGAUUAGUGUCCACGCGGCCUACGAGAGUGAUUCAUUUCCAGUGGUCCAUGUAAACGGAGAACUUACAAUUGUAGGCGAAGAGCCAGGUAAAGAUAUGCUAAAAAAUAAUAUUAGCAUUCAGCCUAUUUCCAGGUCUGCCUAUAGGAUUGUUAUCUCACUCUAUUUGACUAUACAAACAGUCUUCUCAGAUCGUUACAUGAGCGUGGAGUCAACAGUGACGUCUAAUUUCUGUCAGCUUGUCGAUGGUUUAUGCGGCUCCUGCGCUAAACUACGUGUCAGUCAAAAUGCAACUCAGGGGAGUGGUGGUUCUGUCUCCUCAGUAGAUAGACCAACGACUGUUUUGGAGGAACUUGGAAGAUCAAAUGCCACUAGUGGGAACGUUAAUGAAUUUGUAAAAAAAGAGUUGCCAGUUCAAGAUCCCAUCAUAAUCAUCGAUACAGAAAUGCACAAAGAAACGCGGGUUGUGUACGGAGGUGUGUACAGUCUCUACUAUCGUUUUACCGCUGUGGUCACUCAAACAGUUGUCAAACUCUUUGCAAGUCAAACGUUGACCUUCCAGCUUUUAGUCAAAUCAUGCGAUCCCCAGAUCUGCGGAGGAACUGUGAUCUCCUUUGCAUCGAAUGUCACGCUUUACGUCAGCAACCAUGUAACAGUGAAGGUUGUUAUUGGAUUAGACGUCUUUGACACCGGCAUUGCCACUGAAGCAGAAAGGUGGAAUCAAAUUACAGUAGUAUUUGUCCGUGAGAGGCUUCAACUCUUUGUGUUCGUCACAUUUUCAUCUGGGCUUGUGCAAGUGCGAAAGUUUAGUUUUUCUAUCGACCCUUUCAUUAGUGUAGGAACAUUUGCUAUAGGCAUGUGGCAACCGGCCUCUGGAUCUAUUAGCAUCCAGCCAACCAGUUUCUUCCUCGGUCAAAUAGAUGAAGUAUACGUGUGGGCAAGACCCUUCGAUUAUGCAUUGGUUGAACAAAGCUGGCGAUCAAAUAUUCAACCGGGUGCUCCAUAACUUACAAAUUUGUGGAAAUUUAAUGAGGGCAAGAAUUCAAUCCUUAAAGACCUGGUGACUGGUGUUACUCUACUCUUCCCAAGGUAUCCAUUAGGCAAGCCAGAAUGGGUUUUCUCUGAUGCCCCAAUAGCCUCUGUUGUCGCAGUGAACCCAAAUGAAAAUAAUGCCACUCUACGUACAAUCGCCAUCAAGGCUUGUUUCCAGUUCAUAUAUGAGGGACCAAUCCGUUCAGCUUGUGAUGCCUUAGGCAAUGUCACACUAGAAUUUUACUUCCGCCCAUGUGUUCAAGCAGUAGUGGACACAGGAUUGACAGUUGAAUCAAUUGAUGUCGUAAUAACAAUCGCAGAUUAUUGCCAAAAACUGUUUGGUUUGCCUCAUUGGCCAGCUCAGUCUUUGUGCAACAAAUUUCCUGGAAAGCGUUUUCCCAACUGGAUUGGAAGGAACUGUACCAUCCCUUGCAUUUUUGGUCAAGCUGCAAACGAAAGCGAAGUCUGUGUAUGUGAUCCUGGAUUUUACGGAACGAACUGCUCUGGCAUCUGCCCAGGAGGAAAAGGUAACGCGUGUAACAGUCAUGGAGUCUGCGAUGUCGUCACUGGCAAGUGUUCUUGUGAGCUUAAUUGGCAAGGAAAUGAAAACUGUUCAACUUGUACUCGAGGCUGGGCUGGAACAGACUGCUCAAUAGCAGUCACUCAGUGGCCAUCCGGCAGUGUCGUAAUAGGCAUUGGUGCAGUAUUGCUUGGCGGGCAAUUUACAUCACUCAAUGGGGUUAGUUACAGCUUGCAAGUGACUGGGGAGUACUAUCUUAUUUACUCCAUUCACGUCUCUGUAAAUGUGCAAAUUCGCCUGGUAACUUGCACUCAACAAGAAUCAUGUAUAAAUUCUAUUGCACUGCAAAUUGAAUCUAACAGAGUAGUUUUGCAUGGACCAUACAGUGCUGGUAGAGGCCUGAUCAUAUGGUUAAACGGAAAAGUCAUCGAUAUAGAUUUGCAUCCAAUCACUCAUGAACUCUACGGUUUGAUUGUCAGCAAAAUCACAGCUCAACUGUGGGAAGUGAAAUACACUGGUUUGUACCUAAAAAUACGCGUUAUUGGGCGCUUCCUAAGUCUAAGUGUUGAGGCAUCGGGUUUGGUUUGCAAGUCAUCCAUUGGCCUACUAGGCGCUUGUAACCAAGGACUACUAGAAUCGCUUAUGUCGUAUUAUCCGACCAAAAAUUGUUCUGAAGAAGGCUUUAUGUUAAACCUAAGUCGAAACCAUCCCAAUGUGUUUAGUCAAGGUGACACCCUUGGUGAAAAGAAUGCCUCUGAUACCAAAGCAAAGACCCAAGAUGUCAUUAACACUCUUAUAACCACCAAGCUCAAGGUGAAGGAAUGCCAUAGUUUGUUUGAGUACAAAUAUGGGGAAGUCGUAGAAUAUCGAGAAGCGAAUGCAGGAUAUGUGCUUUACUUCGACCAAACUACUGUUGUGUCUGAUGUAAUCUACAAAGCAUUCUCAUUCACAGACCUAUCUGUUAAGAUCAUGUUUAAAACGGUGCGUUACGGGGUAAUAAUAUCUUAUACCUUGAGAAAGACAUUCUUCGUAACGAACACAGGUGGAAAGUUCACCAUCUUCUAUGGAGACAAUGUUUACCAUACAAACAUAGCUGCAGAGCUUAACAAAUGGAACCAGGUCAGUCUGGUGUUCAGAAAAUCCACCACAGUCUUGCAUUUUUACUAUUUUUCGUCUGGAGGCCAGCUACAUCGCCUUGACUUAAACAUGGGAGUUGAUAUCUUUACACCAGGAGGAAUAAUUGCUUUGGCUGGUUGGAUGCCAUCUCUCGACGGAUCCGGAACUCAACCAACUGAUUUCUUUGCUGGAUUCAUAGAUGAAGUUCGCAUAUGGACACGGUAUUUCCAUCCUGCGUUCAUACUGCACACUUGGAACAGAUCGGUAAGCGUAAAAGCCCAAGACCUCGCGCACGCAUGGAAAUUUAACGAAGGAGAAGGAAUUACAGCGAUCGAUAAAGUAACUGGUAUGAAGUUAGACCUUCCUUUUAAGCCAUGGAGAAAACCAGAAUGGAGAUAUUCUGAUGCAGUAUUGCAAAUGCCCUUCUACGAUAGACCACUACAUUUCAACUUUACCAACUAAAGUUUACAAGUAGCUGCGGAACAAUUUUGCAACAGAACAAUAUUAAUGGGCACAUUACAUUCGAAUUGUAAAUCCUUGGGACCUGGCGUGUCAACAUUUUACUUCAGGUCGUGUCUCCAAAGAAUCGCGACCUUCGAGUCCUUGUACAUGUCAAUGGAAGUUAUUAUAGCGUACGCCGAUUACUGUCAAACAUUCAACAACUUAACAGUCUGGCCAGCGAAACAUCUUUGUAAUGAAUUCCCUGGAAGAGAAUUUCCCAUUUGGUUCGGAGAGCGAUGUGACAAAAAAUGUGUCUACGGUAAGAAGCUGGCCUCUGAGACAUGCGUAUGCUACCACGGCUACUGGGGUCUGGAGUGCACAAAUGCUUGCCCUGGCGGAGCUGCGAACCCAUGUAACAACAACGGACUGUGUAAUGUCAUCACAGGAGAGUGUGAAUGUAUUGUUAAUUAUAAUGGAACCCAGGACUGAGGCAAGUGUUCUCCAGGGUGGAGUGGCCUCGACUGUUCCUUGGCUCUUGUAUCACUCAACCUUAACCGUCAAACCUCCACCGCCAUUUCAUCGACUGACGGCCAUUAUGUCUCGUUUGAUGGCUACAGCUAUACUCUCGUGUCCUUGGGUGAAUUUUAUCUGAUGAAUCUACCUCACCUGUCAUUCCAGGUUCAAGUUCGCCACGUGCCCUGCAGACAUCAGACGGUUUGUGUUAAUUCCAUUGGAAUACGGAUUUCGUCGACCGAAGUUUCUUUUCACGCUCCUUAUAAUACCGGUGGAGCUCCAUUAAUCUGGGUCAAUGGAAAGCUUCUACUUCUUUCAGGACUGAUUACCACACUAGGAUCACCACAUCUUGGCAUCUUACUGAAUUACAAGGGGCGGAACCACUAUCAAAUUAGUUGGAGAGACAAUUUUGCCAUGGGUAUUCGAAUUCAUGGACGAUACUUGAGUUUUAUAGUCGACGUUACGUCACCUUAUUGUUAUAACUCAACAGGCCUACUUGGAUCCUGCGACAACGAGCCUAACAACGAUUUCAAAGCUAGCUUCAACGAAAGCAUAGUACCAACAAAUGUCUCUCAGCCUGUCUUAAAUACAGAAAUUAGAAGUCAUGCCUUUGUGUAUGAAAAAGACAGAGUGAUCGUUCUAAAAUAUAAGCAUUACCACGAGAAACGACUACCAACAGGAGGUAUCUAUGCUCUUCUGUUUAAUCAGUCAGGGGCGUCGUCGAAACCACUGAUAAAAACGUUCAACUUCAAUGCAGAUAUAACGCUUGAAAUUCUACUACAGCCAUACCAGUUCGGUGGAACAAUCUUCUCCUAUGCAGUCUUACAAACGUUUGCAAUUACUAUUGAAAGUUCUCUUAGAAUUCACUUUGGAAAAGCGAUCAUUGAUACGGGCGUGAACGUGACUAUCAACCAGUGGAACCACGUAUCACUUGUUUGGUACCACAAGUCUCGAGUGCUAGAGUUUUAUCACUUCAACUUUCAGGGAAAAGUGCAACGACGAUCCUACGUGCUCUCGUCAAAUCCAUUUCUACCGGGCGGUAUUCUUUCCCUUGGACAAUGGGAGCUAUCCCCUGGAGACAGCGAGGCUCAUAUAGUCGCAUCUUUCGUUGGCACCAUUGACGAGAUCCGUGUAUGGAAGCGAGCUUUUAAUCCUGCAUUCAUACUUCAGAACUGGCGAAUGAAUGUUGUACCGACUCAUCCUGACCUCUCUGGGCUUUGGAAAAUGAACGAAGGUGAAAGUGAUAUCAUAGUAAAUCUUUUGACCGACGAACACAUCUAUCUACCGAGAUCACCAUGGCAACAGCCUCACUGGGUAUUUUCUGAUGCUGACAUCAAAACAAACUUAACAUCUUCCGAUCAACCAUUCGAAAUGCACUUUUCCAAUGAGACAUUAGAGAGGAUGGCAAAGACCUUUUGCUACGAGCUGUUCUACAAGAGUACACUUCAUGACCAGUGCCACGGCCAAUUAAAAUCUGAGCUGGAGUUUCAUUAUCUUGUUUGCCUGAAAGACAUUGCAACAUCUAGUUACAUUAGUGCAGCCCUGACAGCUGUAGUUACCUUCGCUGAUCACUGUCAAGCUGUCUUCAACUCUACUACCUGGCCGGCUCAGUCACUGUGCAAUAAGUUCCCUGGAUCCCACUUCCCACUAUGGAUUGGAGAUAGGUGUGACGUGAAAUGCGUUUUUGGUGUUGCGGAUCCUGAUGACCGUAACCGAUGUAUCUGUAUGGAAGGCUACUGGGGGAGUGACUGUUCGCAGAUAUGUCCUGGUGGGCUGCUAAAUAUUUGUGCAGGACACGGUUGGUGUGAUAGAACAACUGGACAAUGUCAAUGCCAAGUGAACUGGAAAGGUGACGAAAAUUGUAGCAGUUGUAGUCCAGGAUGGAAUGGAACAGACUGUCAAUUUGCCGUCAAGCGUGUCACCGGUAUAACAUCGCAAAACGUCUUUGUUGCAUCUAUAGGAGGAAAUGGCUACUUUACAACAUUUUUUGGUGUCAGUUUUACUUACAGAGCGGUUGGUGAGUUCUAUGUACUGCAGUCUGCUUCCCAGAAUUUCGUCAUCCAGCUUCGACAAACACCAUGUAUAGUCGAUGGCAGUUACACCCCGCUUUGCACGACAGGUUUCUCGUUUAGUCUGAAUCGUAAUGUUAUUGUCAUCCGCGCGCCGGUUACUACGUUUUCAAGAACAGUUCCUAUCUUUCCUCUUGUUUGGUUGAAUGGAAAUUUUGUACAAGUUGACCACAGAACGCAACUAUCGGUUGACUUUGUUAUGGUGCGUAUCUCCACGGUCGCGUUUGAGAUCUACGGUCUAAACGAUGUCAAGUUUGGUAUAACUUUGGGAAAUAGUCUUUCCGUAACUAUUCACCUGCCAGCUAUGUACUGCCAAAACUCAACAGGCCUUCUUGGUGCAUGCACCGGCACCUCCUUUAACAACUCGAGCAGUCUUCAAGCGCACAUCACAUCUCUGAAGCAGAGUUCAGUAGUUGACAAGUUACAAACAUUGUUCAUUUACAAGUAUCUGCAUUACUCUGAAUACCGAAGUCCAACUGGUGCAGGAUUCAAUCUAUUUUUCAGGGAUCACUCCGUGCGCUCUGGCCCCCUACAUUUACCUCCUGUUGAUGUGCUAACAGUUGAACUGCUCAUAAAAACCCACCAAACAGGAGGGAUCAUCUUCUCGUAUUUAAGCCAAAAUAUCUUUGCUGUAAUCGAUAAUACAACACUGGGAAUUAUCUACAAAGGCACUGUUUAUGAUACCGGGCUUAAACUAGAGAUCAAGCAGUGGAAUCAACUCACAAUUGUCUUCAAGCAACUCGUUGGGACUCUUUACUUCUACCACGUCAGUUCCACUGGUGCAGUUAAAGUCCGCGUAUUCAAGUUGGAUAAAAACGUUUUCGUAGACGGCGGCUUCUUGGUAUUGGGACAGUGGCAGCCAUCACCCAGCUCAGACAGCAUGCUUCCUCAAUCAAGUUUUGUUGGUGAAAUCGACGAGUUUCGUAUCUGGAAGCGACGGACGAACUCAGACCUCGUGAAAAGUAAUUGGAGACUGAAUGUACAGACUGGCAUUUACCCUGAUCUGCUUCACCUUUGGAAGUUCAACCAGGCUAACGGAAGAAUCAUUCUUGACUUACUUGGAAAAAAUGAUCUAUUUGUGACGAAGUUUCAUGAGCCGCAGUGGACGUUUUCAGAUGCUGAUAUUCCUCGCGUGAACCUGGAAGAAACAGCUUUUGUUAACCUAAGCUUGCAGCGAGAUGCAGAAUCCUUCUGUUUUAGCCUUAUCCUCAGUGGACCGCUGUAUGCUAAGUGUGAAGAUCUCGGUAUCCAGGUAGCACAAUUCCACUACAAAGUGUGCCUGCACGACAUUUCGCUGUCGUCUCAGUUACGUUCGGCCGUUUAUCCCGUGGUUACGUUUGCAGACCAUUGUCAGAACGAUCUCAAUCUAAGCGAGUGGCCAGCGAAGGAACUUUGUCAUCACUUUGUCGACCAAAGAUUUCCCUACUGGAUUGGCUCAAGUUGUAAUACACGAUGCGUAUUCGGGUAUCCCAUCCCAGAUAUAAACUCAACGGAUGGCGUCUCUUGCAAGUGCGAACAAAACUAUUGGGGAGUGGACUGUGCAAAUCUAUGUCCAGGUGGGUUGAGAGAAACUUGCAACGGACACGGUGUCUGUAGUGUAACUAAUGGUACCUGCGAGUGUGAAUCACACUGGAAAGGAAAUACAUCGGCUGAAUAUACCGCUCCAAUCGUUGAAAACAAUUCCAUCCCGCCAAUACCUUGCAGCAAGUGCACACCUGGUUGGACAGGAGCUGACUGUGCGAUUGCAGAGGAUUCCUCCAUACUGGAGAAUUCCUCUAUCCCCAGAAUUGCAAUCAACUUUGGUGAUCCUCAUUUUACGAGCGUUACAGGAGUAAACUUUCACUUCGAAGCUCCCGGGGCGUACCACCUUUUCAACUCAUCGGUUGUAGUUGCACAGGUGCUGAUAGUUCCAUGCAACAAUAGAGUGUCCUGUCGAAGAAUCAGCGAGGUUGCCCUGCGCACCGCGAAAAGAGAGCUGUCUGUUCGUUACAACGGUUUAGAAACAGUAGCAAGUAGUUUAUUUGAUUUAACAAGCAACACCUCCAAGGAGCUUUCAAAGUCUGAUCAAUGGGUCGAGGAUGCAGAUAUCCAAUACCGUUGGCUAACGGAUAACAUCCUGGAAGUUCGCAUCCAAGAGGAAAUCCAGUUUAACAUUCUAUCCUAUUACGGAACCAUCGGAACGGCAGUUGAAGUUUUAGAGCAGAAAGAUCAAACAGAUGGCAUCUGUGGCGAGAAGGAGAGUAUUUGGAUAAGACAACAAGGAAACAAAAGCCUUAAAUCGGAGAACCUUGUACCUGAUACCUCUAACAAUAGCACAAAAGAUCAGCAAGGCCUUACCCAAGCAACGAUUGAAACACAACUGAUUACACGGUUCAGAAUCAUGGAAAAGGACAAUUUCUUGACAACAAAAUAUGCUUGGCGUAGUUAUUCUGGAGCUGGUUACAUGUUGGAGUUCUCAUCUGGUAACACUGCUGUUAUGUAUGCAAGCAACACAAGUUUACCAGUUCUCGAUGAAUUUACUAUUGAAAGAUGGGUCUGUUUGACGAAUGCAGGCGUUAGCGUUGCUUCACUCUGUACCACGGACCAGAGAAACACCACUGAACCUGUCACCGGGGGUCACGCAGUUUUCUCUGUUGCCAACGCUAUUAGGGACUUUGCAAUAGUUUACAAAGACGGACUACAGGUGAAAUGGGACAAGGAGAAAUUUAUAACGGGUAUUAACCUUUACGAAGGAGUUUGGACUCAUUUAGCUGUAACAUGGAGGAGGAUCGAUGGCCGAAUGCAAGCGUUCGUUUAUUCAAACGGACAGCAUCGUCAAUCAACAAGAUAUGGGGUAAAAAAUGGGAAGCAAUUCUCUUUCAAUGGUCUGUUUGUUCUAGGACGUUACAUGCGAGGCUAUAUGGUAGACAGUGAAUACGACAUGUUUGGUGCGUUGGACGAGUUUAAGGUGUGGCAAUAUGCAAAGACGAUGGAACAAAUCAGGAUGUCCAUGAGCGUCAAGUUCGAGGAUUACCGCGAAGGACUGUUGUUAAGCAUACCUUUUGACGAAGGAGUGGGGCAAACGACGGUGGGGCACCUUUAUAGUCCGAUUCCUACUGAAGAAGCACUCUCUCUAUUCGAGGCUCAAGUCGUUAAUAUGACCAAUAUUCAUCUGUUUAUUCAUUCUGGAGACUCCCCUGGAUGGGCCCCGUCAGGGGUGCACUUGACUCCCUUAGCGAACUACAGUCUUGCGUUCCUUAACAAAACUCUGGAAGAGGAGGCCCUAAAGAAGUGUUACGAGUCAUUCUAUGAAGGAAAGCUACAGGAACAUUGCAGCCCGACACUGGUAUCACAAGCUCUGUUUUACUACGAGUCUUGCCUUACGGACAUUGCCGAUUCAGGCAGUCUUGCACACCACAAACUUUCUGUAAGUCUCUUCGGUUUUUACUGCCAAAAGGUCCUUGGAAUAAAAGAGUGCCUGCUACACGGAACCUACGACGCUUUCCUGCGCUGUCCAGGCGAAGAAAAACAAACCAAACUCACUCCAACAGAGAUAAUUGUUAUUACUGUAUCUUCACUACUCUUCCUUUUAUUUUUGCUUAUCAUAAUUAUCGUGAUGUGUCGAAGAAGAAAGCGCAGAAAGUCCGAAGUGGAGCAGAUUUACCUUCAUGAAGCUGGAUGUGAAAGAUCGCAUAAGUACGUUGCUGGAGAGGAGGGUCACCACCCUCAUGCAGAUUCCGCGAGGCGGAUGUUGGACGAGUACGACUUUGAACCGGACAUGGAUGAAAGCCUGCAAGAUACACCAAGAGUUACGCGAAGACCGUUGGUUCGAGAUCCUGCUGGCGGAGUGUUGCUUGACGGAGAGGAGGAGACUACACUGUGAUUUGAUAGAGAACACUGACUCGAAAAUAAUUAGCGUAUAUUUAAAUUUGAUUUUUUUUUCUUCAGUAGAUAUGCAAAGGUUUUAGUUUAUUAUUAAAUACGUUAUCUUAAUGAAUAUUUAUGCUUUUUAAACACGCCACUUAACAGGAACUUGAAUAACACAUGAUGUUUUGCACUAACCAAUGAACAGUACGCAAGUGGAUGUCGACGUCUAGAUAGUUUUGAUUUUCAACGGUUGUGACCUUCUCAUGGUUGUUAAGUGCCGAUACAUAACUCGUUUGCAAUUGGUAGAGUAUCUUCCUGCGAUUCCGUAGAUCUUUCAUUCCAUUAAUUCAGAACAGCACCUAAAGUAAUAAAUAUAUUAAAAUCAGCAGGGAGAAAAUUAGAUCUAAGAGGAUAUUCACAAGAAUACUUCAACACUCGUCGAUGGAUGUUUUAAGCGAAACAGUUUUCAGGAAGAUCAUACACUGCUUGUUAAAACAUAAACUCUUUUGGAAUAAGAUGAGUAGCGCACUCGACUGAAUUUAUGUGUAAGGUUAUUAGGCUUUUAGAGUGUAAGAUGAUUGUUGCAUGGCUGUUGUGUUUGGCUUGUCAACAGUCGUCGUUGUUUUGAUUUUUUUUCUAGAAUGUGUGAAUUCCAUAGCAUUGUGUGUCAUACUUAGCAUAAUCCCAUUAAUCAAAGAGUGUUUUCGUUAUGAGUGUAAAAAUGGGAAGUUUGUUUUGCAUGAAUGAACUUUAUAAUCAUUUAAACACCCUGAACAAAGUUUUGAGGGUAUUUCUUUUCUACAGUGUGAAUUUAUUACCACCUUAAGUUUUGUUUCUCAAUGUAAACAGAGGAGUUUUUCUGGUGUUCAUUUAAGUCAGUAAGAAUCUGGAAGUAACCUUGAGUGCUACAUGCUUAGAAUAUAAAACAUAAACAACAUUGAGUGCUUAAAGAGUGUUUUCAUUGAAUUCGCAUUGCUUUAUUUCCGUUACUCAGAGCUCCGCAAAAUGUAUUCUGUGUGGAAGAUAUUAGAUUAAACAAUAAAUUAAACUUUACGAA